GCAGACUCAUUAAUUUAAAGCAUGUAGAUGUUUUUUUUGGAGCUGCAGUGAAGUCUGUCUGCAGAUAUUUACCUCUCUACAACAGCACAGAGCUGUGAAGGCAGAUGCCCACUGCAGUUCCGUUAUCUCACUCUGUACGCAGAGGUCUGUGCAUUCACCACCUCUCUCUCUCUCUCUCUCUCUCUCCCUCAGUCACUCUCUCCCGCCGUGCAGCCGAGCCUGCGACGUUCGCGGUGGAUGGAGGAGAAAAAAGCCUCUCUCUCUCUCUCUCUCUCUCUCUUUGCUUCAGGAAAACGGACUCGUUGAUUCGGAAGGGAAAUCAGUGAAGGUAGGAACCAGAAUUCUGCUUUUAUCUGAAUGUUGACCUGAUGAGAAAUCUUUGAUGUAACCUGUGAAUGAUGAGAAUGAAAGAAGAUGGAUGCAGAGAGAGCAGAGCUACACCUGCAGCACUGACUCCAGCUCGGCUCAGUCCUCUUGGUGCAACAGAAGCCCAGAUGGUGGAGGACUGAAGGGGGGCUCGGAACCACGGUCCUCUGUUCGGGGGCUGGUCUGUGUGGACUCUGCAUCUAUGGGGGAUGUGUUUGAGUGUGUGGUAGUGGUGGUGGUGGUCUACAUUUGUUGCUGCGCUCGUGUUGAAACAGAUGUGAUGAAAAUCUGCGGACACGGAUUUCAGUCUCUCCUGAAUCCUGACGGUAUUUACGCGGACGGGCUGGACGGGCAGAGUCCGGGCUGUGGACAGAUGUGUGUGUGAGAGAGAGAGAGGGGGGAUUUAGUAUCGAGGGAGGAAUCACGCAGAGGAGGAUCAAAACUGAAUGCACACGCGUGCGCUGUCUGUGCGAAUGCGCGCGCGUGUUGUUGUUGGUGCUCGUGGUUGUUGAGGGUGAAUGGGAAUGGUCCAGUACCUCCCCAACACUCACUGGGACGACGGGCGCAACACUUUACCUGCAAUAAGGGGGUCGAUGUCAGCUGUCUAUGGCGCUCCCGAGCUCGUGCGUGUGAGUCAGAGAGAGAGAGAGAGAGCAGCAACAGUGUUGGGCUGCUGACCGAUGGACCACUCCGAUUCCUUCGCCCACAGGUUUGGAGAUGAAACAGAACAGCUGAGAACAUCAGGAUGAGAAAAUGAUCAUCAUCAUCACUGCUCUGGGUUCGAUAAUCCGGACUGAGGCUCUGAUUGAGUACUGUGUGUCAAUCACGUUGGUCCGAGUGUGAGAAUCAGUGUUUCAGAACCAUGGACCCAUAAUGAGGAGGCUGUGUGUGUGUGUGUGUGUGUGUGUGUGUGUGUGUGUGUGUGUGUGUGUGUGUGUGUGUGAACAUGAUCUGAAUGUAUAAUGUAAAUCUUGACUCCAUUUCUCGUUCCCUCACAGAGCAGGAUCUUUGUUCGGUCUGUUAGAUAAUCUUUAAUGUUCGAUGUAAACCUGUUGAUAUCCGGUUCCCCUUCAGUCUACGGUUCCUGGUCACGGUCUGGUUCUGGUUUUAAAGACAUUCUCACACACUUCAGGCCUCCUGUCUCAGGUCUCUGCCCGUGUCUCUCUCUAUAUUUGUCCAUGUUAGAAACACAGAGACGUCCUCUCUGAGUGAAAUCAGGACAGACUGACGGACAAACAGCUGAGCUGGACUCAGACAUAUGUGUUUAAAGGGACAGAGUGUUUGGUAUUUGUUAGUCAGAUUUAGUCGAACAAGAUUGUGAUUGAUAUCAAUGAUGAUGUUGACAUUGAGCCCCAUGCUUGGUCUUGUUGCCGUGGUGAUGAUGAUAUAAGUAAUAUAUAAACAGUAUGUGUCUUUAAAGCCCGAUUCCUCACACCCUGUGCAUGACUUCAGCUCUGCAGGUCUCUAGAUCCUCGCUUGUGUACGUCCUCUCAGAUAUACUGAAUAUACUGUAUACUCAGAAAUACUGUAGAUAUCUACAGUAUUCUACAUUUUUUAUAGCCUCAUAAAAAAUUUCAAAAAUUGGCUGACUAAUUGGUAAUCAGAUUUUUCCCUCCUAAUAAUCGGCAUCUGCUCCAAAAAAUCCAUAUCGGUCAGGCCCUAAUCCUAACUCACUAAAAUCCACAUUAUACACAGUGUCAGUGUGUAAGGCAGCCUAAAAGAGUCAGCCAGCAGAGGGCACUCUCAUCGUAACCUGACUGUAAAGUUUCACAGCGAGGUUUUCUAGAAAGUGGAGGAUGAGUCCGACAGAAGCCGUCCUCAGCGGACAAACAUCUGAGAGGUAGUUUGGUCUCCUGGUCGUAUGUCAGGUCUGCAGAGAGCAGCUGUCUGACUCACUCAGGUGACGAAGGUCUGUGGAUCACCUGAGAGGCAGCAGAGGAGGAACUACAGUCAGAUUCUCAUUCAAAGAAGAGCUUUAAGAACUCAAUCCUCAUCCAGUCUACAGACUAAACUGAGCCUUUACAUCGACAUAAGAGCCGACCAACCGCCAUUUUUCUACAGAAGCACAGAACGGACAAACUAGUAAGACUCGUGUUUUUAAGCUCUUGUGUUUCUUCUUCUUCUCUCAUAAAAUCAUGUUCUCAAAAACAUCAAAUGACCUUAAAUCCAUCAGAACUGUGAACCCAGUUGAUCUAAAACUCUGUCCUCAUAACGACAGAGUCCAAUCGACUGGGUUUAUUGCCUCUGUAGCUUAUUUAUGGAUUGAUUGGAAUCCAAUAGAGACGUCAAGAAACCUAUUCUGGUCAAUUAAUGCUGGUCUUAAAGUGGAGAUGUGAAUGUCAAUAAUGCAGCACGGCUGAUCAAUAGUUGAUAAGUGCUCCAUCAGGAGGGGUGGGAUCCUUGUUAUGAAGUCAACUCCAGCUGACAGGGGAGACCCUCGCCAUUCAGCUCCACGUCAGGGUCCGAGCGCAGCCUCAUCAUUCAUUCGCCCCGCCCACUUCGCCCUCACACCUCCUCCUCCUCCUCCACUCCCUCCAUUCAUUGGCCCCGUGCUCCUUAUCUCCUUAAACCCAUUUCCUCCUCGUGUCGAUGGUUCCUGAUGUUGCCCUGAGUGGAAUGAUGAGCAGUCUGCGAUCAAUUGCAAUCACAGACAGCCGGUGUUCCAGGAAAUCAGCGGGACUGCAGGCCGAGGAGACCUGAAUAAUGACCACCCACCGACCCGAGCCGCUGCCUUGUUGCCAUGUAAUCUCCAGUUCAUCAGUAAACUAUUGAACUACGCUGACCAUAACUCAGGGGAUCCAUAGCGCCGCCUGUUAGCUCCGCUCUUAAGAGGUGAUGGAUGCUACCCUGAGAGAAACCUGAAGUGUAAUUUUCCUCCCAGACAUGCAAACAGAUUCUGGAGGAUUCACUCUGUGGAUGAAAUAAGAAGAAAAAAAUAACAACAGUGUCGCUGAAACACUGGAUUACCGGAGCAUCACAAAGGCAGCCAAGAAACAGGAGGAUUAAUCGCAGUCUGGGACGCAAACCUUCAAAAAUACAAUUUCAAAUAUCUUUGUAAAUACAAGGAAAACAUGAUCCGGAGGAAUAAUCCAGACAUGCUGCUGCUGCUGCACUCUGGAUCAACUCUCAUUUAGCCUGAUGGAUGACUGGAAUAACCAGACUCUCAAUCUUUGAAGGGAUUUCCAUCAACUGUCUGGGCCAAUUAAGAUCCAACGGGCCAGAACUUGAGGACGUAUUGAAUAGUUAAUAAGAGGAGCCAUUAGCGCCUUUAUACCUGUGUGACCUGGGAGCAGAGAGGCCGAGACACUUAGAGCUCCGCAGACAUAAUUAAUUCACCUUUCACUAACAGGUACGGGUCAAACACUCGCGGCUCUAAUGUGCCGGGCUGAACGCGGUCCUGUGAGGCCGCAGCUCGGCGCUGAUCCGGGACCUUAAACCCACUUCUCUGCUUAUCUUUAUGCAAAUGUAGGACUUGGCAGCACCUUCCUUCAGAGAGAUGUUGACUCAAUAAAAUAUGCAAAAUGCAUUAGUCAUACAAUCGUAAUGUGCAGAGUGUGUGUGUGUGUGUCCCCGUUAGCUUGAUGGUUUCUGAUGGACCAUAUGCUGUCUCCGCAUUAACACUUGGAUUGGAUGAAACGGUACCAUCAGUGGAGACGCUCCAACCUUAAAGGAACAGUUCUUUGUUGAAAGGACAACUGGACUUACUUACUAGUUGUCCUUUCAAUGCGUUGAUUCCCACUCCGGAGACCACGCAUGCUUCGGCGUCCGGAAAAAAUAGAACUCUUGCGAUCAGCUACGAUUGGAGGAUACGACCUUUUUGUGCCGUUCAGGAUGUGGUGGAAAUUGCCAGUAACCCUGUCUGAAGGUAACAGCACAACAUCUACCUGAGUGUGCGUGUGAGUCGAGGUUUGGGUUGUUGGACUUUGGUGAAGUUUUGGGCUUGUGCACCUCCUCUUAGGCUACGUUAGGUUCUGAUGCACAAAUCGGAUUUUUAGUUAAAUCCGAUCUUUUUGUGCGGUUGUUACAUUACAACAUCGAAUGCGGCAUCUAAUGUGAACAGAAUGCGUCAGUGAAGUGACCCACAUGUGCACAAACCACAAAUUGCUCUCCGUGCCUGUUUGUGUUGUUGAACAUUGGUGAAGUAACCCAUAUCCGAUUUAUAUCCACAUACAGAAGAGGCCUGGGUCAGAUUUGAAAAAAUCUGAAUUGCACUGUUCACACUUACUAUAUUUUUCAGUAUUUUUUAUUUAGUAACUCUGCGAGGUUACGGUAGCUGCAGCGCUCCGACAAGCCAAGAGGAUUUGAAGUGCGCCUUAUAGUGCGAAAAAAAUACGGUACAUGAAACAAUCCGAUAUGUGUCACAUAUGGUGAAAAAUGUGAAUUGACCUGCAGUGUGAAGACAGACUUAGACGGGGGACAACUGAAACACUCUUCACUUCUCCCUCAUCGACUCACAGAUGAGCUGAAAUACCGUCUGAUGUAAAAAGUUCUUGUUUUCUUUUAGAUAUGAUCAUAAAAACGCAUCAAUAAUAGUUCUGCUUCAUAAACAUGAGAAAAUUCCAGACUGGAGCUUAAAUGUAAGAACUAUUUCUAAAAUUACAUGUUUGCUUUAAUCCUCCUCAAUUUCUUAUGCAAUAUAAAUAUGUAUUUGGCUGCGGUCAUGAAAAUGCAGAAUGGGCCUUUAGCUGACCUAAAUCCACCCUUCAACAUCUUGAAUCAUUUAUCCUCCUGUCGUCUUUAUGUGUUUCUGUCGAUCUGUGCAGCGAGAGAUAGACGCCUCUGGAUGAAAAGAUGAUCAUUUCAGUGUGAAGCCUGCCCAGAUCCAGAGCGGCGGUACACUCUGUGCUCCUCUGUUUCUGUUUCACUGUCAGCUCUCUGGCCCACAUUCAACCAUCUCCCAUCUUUGGCUCCUCCCCUUCGCUGCCACGCCCUCCUCAUCGAUUUGAGUAUCCAUCAGAGAGGAUUAUGCAAAGAUCCUGAGAGGGAUAACCCUUUGGGAGGCAUUCACACUUGCUCACUCCUCCACAUCACAAUCUUGGCUGCAGCAGCAGCACACUGCGCUCUCUCUGAGCCUACCAGCUGUUGCAGCGCUCUUUACAAUCAAUACAACAGACAUGUUUCGCAACAGCCGUCAGUCCUUCACUGCCAGGAACCUGUGGGAGGUCCCUUUAGGCGACAGACCGCGAGAGACGUGGCAGACGGAGAUUUAUGAUCAGGUUUCUGAGGGAAGGAGGAAGUUUGAGGUGUGAUUGGGUUAAGUUCAGUUAAAGGGAGAAUCCGCAGCUUUUACAGGAGCGUUAUGGGAGGAUGAGACGAGAGAGGAGAGCAGAGAGUGUGGGAGACAGCAGAGGAGGAAGGAAAAACCCUUAAAAGCAGGUAUACCGUGGUAGGCAGUCAGGCUCAUGAAUCAUAAACACAGCGGUUUAUAAAAAGAGCUGUAAAAAUAUCAUCAUAAUAACCUGCUCAGUUUAACCUGCAGAUCCACACAGGGAAACACAGCCCUGAAGGUUCAUCACUCAUGGAUCAAUCAUGGAUCAAUACUCAGAUUAGCAGAACUAUUUCUCAUCACCUUUAAAUCCACAUGUGCAGAAACAGGUGAAUAAAGCAGCUCAGCGUCUCUCUGCAGGAACCAAUCAGACGCUGAUACCGUAUUAUAGCUCUGGAAUUAAUAGAUUCACAGCUGAGCGCUUCAUGACUGAAACACGACUGACACAGCAGGGGGGGGUUCGAGCUGACGAUGACGAAACGUUUGAGACGGGGGAAAGAUGCUGAGCGGAGCGAGAGGGACGCAGAAAUCUAAUGUCUCCAUACAGAGACUGGAGACAACCCCAGAAAUGAGAUGUCAUAUAAUCCUAACGUCCACAGACAGACAGACAGACAGACAGACAGACAGACAGACAGACAGACAGACAGCAAUAUAAUAAAUGGAGUCAAAACAAGACGUUGGAAAUAAGUUGAUGCAUUAACAAAAUAGCGUGUCCCUGAAAACACUGAGCUGGAUUUGGUCUGAGAGGAAAGUAGGUCUGCUUUGUGAGUCGGUAUCAAACCAAACCCAGUUCAGGAUUUUUACCUCUAACCGUGAGAACACACCGAACUCAGAGCCGCACGCCUGAAGUCACCGUAGGAUCACGAUCACGUGUAUCUCGCAGCAAAUAAGUUUCCAUUCUAAUCAAAGCAGCAGAGCGUACAGGACGUGUUUCAGCAUCAUAUCGAGAGCAGCUCUGCUAAAGAUACACGGCGAGUCGAUUUUUGCUGCUCUACGCCUGUCAAUCGUUCAAGACAGGAAGUCAAGCAUGAAAACCACGCGAGUCAUUCGGUAUUUCAAAAUAAAACACCAUAUAUGAACUCCUGACUGUAUCAGUUGGUGUAGAUGAGAAAUCCUUCCUGGUUCUGGAUUUAUCAGGAACACAGAACAAUCUGAUGGUCGAUCCCUGAUCCAUGUGGACCCCAACAGGACUUUGAACUGCUAACCCGGGAUUUCCGCCGCAUCCAGAACGGCGGUGAUUUUCACAGUACACCAAUUCCUACCUGAUCCAUUUAUGAGGCGAAUUUCAUAGCAGAUUACAGACAGCAGGAAUCGUGAGAACUCACAAGAACCUGCAGAUUCACGUUCAAUCUCACGAUAACGAGUUGUCUCUCUAAAGACAGACACAUAGACAUAUAAGCAGUAGAUUGUGUCCUUCCAGAGGAAAUCUACUUCUAGACUUCUAGAAUCAGCAUCUCCUCAUCCAUGGUGUCAUCGGGGUGAAAUGACGUCUAAAAACCUUUCACUUGUUCGUCUCCGCCGGAGUGUUUUAUUUUGAAAAGAAGCCGGAUGUUUUAUUUUGUGUCUGUGCCCGACUUCCUUUCCAGCACGGGUUAAUCUGUGCUGAAUUUAUCCGCCAUGCUCCGGCGUCCAGAAAAAAUAGAACUCUUGUGAUCAGCUGAGGAGUCUGGCGAUCCUCAGAGGAACAGAAAGAAGUCGGUGUAAAUUGACACGUUACGAUCAGCUACGAUCGGAGGAUACGACCUUUUAGGAGACGAUCAGGAUGAAGGUGGAGAUUGCCAGUAACUCUGUCUGAAUGCUGCUCUACGCAGACAAUACGGAACAACGCGCUCAAUACGGAUCCUGGAUGAUUUCGGCUUAACAGUGCACCGGGCCGAACCAGGAGAAUUUUAAAGACACUUAAUGUACGGCCGAAAAAUACGGAUCUAUAUCCCAGAAUGGAUGGAACGGCUCAGUCCUGUAUGACUCUAACGCUCUGAAUGACAAACUCUGUUCUGGUUAGUCUGAGUGUUUUUUUUUAAUAACACUGACUGACUGCAGCUCUGAGCUCCUCCAGGAGGAAGACUCUCCUCUGAUCUUCACUCAGUCCUCCUGUUUUUGGUUUAAUAACCUCCUGAGGAAGAAAAGAUCAUGACAUGACUCACAAUCAGCUGCAGCUGUUACUGUUAGUGCUGCUAUUUUCAGGCUCCACGGGCUCACACUCACCCACUGGUGUUUUUAGCACACUGACUGUGACGGGGAACUGUCUUCAUGUCAAAUCUGACCAUCAGGGUUGGAGGAGCGGCUCUGUGGAAACACACACAGAUCAUUAACAUUAAUGUUAUCAGUGUUAAAGGGGGAGGAGCUUAUUUAACCAGAAUAAAUGUCAUUCUGAAGGGUUUUCAGACUCCUAACGGUGACUGAAUGAAUUCAUGUACGGGAUUCUGAGGAUGAUCUGAGGCUGUAGAUGAAGAUGUUUGUAGAAGCUCCAUGUGUGGAUCUAUGCAUUAAUGAUGAGCUCCACACGAUCUGCAUGUAGUAAUUCCCCUCUCUGUACGAGGGCGUAUCUGCUGAGACAGUGUUUGUGUGCGUUUGUGUGUGUUUGUGUGUUUACAGUAUGUGUGUUAAGUAAGGACACCAUCUGCCAUCAUCUUCGCUCUGUGCCAAUCCCCCACCCUUGUUAACCCACAGCCAUGCUCACAGAGACAAAUCCUCCAGACUAGGAGUUUGAUCAAGGAGAUAAAAAUGUCACCCUGGAUACAUGUGUGUGUGUUAAUACGUGUGUGUUUAUGUGUGUGUGUGUGUGUUAGAGUGGGUGUGAGGCAGAGAGCUCUGUAAUUGUUAAAGCAGGAUGAAUAAAAAGCUUGAAGAAAGCAGAGACUCGGUAUUUCCACUCACACUGGAGCCUUUGGCAUUUCACAUUUACAUCAGACGGAUGCACACAUCACCUAUACACACACACGCACACACACACACACAGAAAUACAAUUACAGAAACUUGCACUCACGUACAAAGUGGAUUUUGGAAUAAUGCCGUGUUUUUUUUCUGAACUGCCCUAGAUUCAUUUGGCAUCUGUGCCGCACACUCAUCCCUCUCUCUCUCUCUCUCUUACUCACACUCAUGCAUAAACACACACACACACACACACACACACACACACACACACACACACACACACGCACACUCUGACACUCUUCUUUUUUCUCGACUGCCUCUCCUCUUCUUCUCCUCCUCGUUAUCCAUCCGUCUUUCCCUCGAUCUCUCUCCCUCUCUCAGAUCUGGGUAUAAAUAUUUCAGCUCUGUCACCCACUCUGCAUCUGCAGUUUCACACACAGACUGUAUUCUCCCUCCGCGUGUGUGUGUGUGUUACUGUGUGUGUGUUACUGUGUGUGUGUCUUCUCUCUAAGCGUCUGUUAGUAUUCUGCACACAGACUCUGUUUCCUUUAAAUGUGUUUUUAGUGUUUUAAAUGUGAACGAAGCCGAUUUAUUUUAGAGAGAAGAAACAGAAACCUGAACCAGAACAAGAACCGGAUCUGAUCCAGGACCGACGACUCGGGGGGGCCCAGAGAGGGACGGGGCCCUUCAUGAGCCUCAAAUGAAACUGUAGAUUUUGUUUGCAUCAGUUUGAAGUUACAGUGAUUUAAAGGUGUUGUAGUCAGGAUCUGAGUUAGUUCUAGUUUUUAGGAGAAAUCUUGAAUGUAAACUCUACCCCUCCCAACCAGUUUUCCCCUCAGCUCCUCCCCUCCCCUCAAGCCCCGCCCACAAACAGACGCUCCUGCUCGCUCGUAUCGUUCCAAUUAAAUUCAGAUAUAAUGCAGAUAAAUACUUCAGAUCAUUACAAAUGGGGCCCAGUCAAGGUGAAAGUCAAAAGCAUUGGUGCUACUGUAGAUGCCAACAGACUACCAGCAAACACAAUGUUUGCAGGACUUCUACAACGAGGAUAAAGUGACAUAGUCCAGGACCCGAGGGAGGACAGUUUAGCGAUGGCGCUACAACACGCUACAGCAGGUCCGUUUGACAAGAAACACUUCUGUUACAGACACUUGUCUUACUUUGUUAAAGCGGUUUACCUGUCCAGCAGAAAGGUUACAGGGUCACCAAGAUCCCCAAGCGUCCCCCAUCGUUUAUGUUGACCCGGCUUUUUAGCUCUUGUCCGCUCUACCUCCGUUUUAAGCGCCCGUUAUUCCUCCAGAGUCUCCGGUAUUUACUUUGUUUUCUUGCUUGUGUCGGCAGUCGUGGCCAAAGGAGGAUUCAGACAAUUUUCCGAACUUUCUGGUUGGUUUCUACUGUCCGAUAUUGUGGCACGCUAACUUUGUUUGGGCUCCUGAACGACACGGGGGAGCAGCAUUUUCUUGUUGACUGUUUUCUUGCUGACUGAAUAUGGUUGACUGUUUUCUUGUUGACUGUUUUUUUUGCUGACUGUUUUCUUGUUGACUGUUUUUCUUGUUUACUGUUUUCUUGUUGACUGUUUUCUUGCUGACUGUUUUGGUGUUGACUGUUUAUGUUUGAGUGAUUUCUUGCUUGUGUCGGCAGUCGUGGCCAAAGGAGGAUUCAGACAAUUUUCCGAACUUUCUGGUUGGUUUCUACUGUCCGAUAUUGUAGCACGCUAACUUUGUUUGGGCUCCUGAACGACACGGGGGAGCAGCGUCUGCCUCACAACCAAUCAGGUUAGAGGAGGUGGAGAACGGCUUUGUUUACAGUCAGAAAGAGCGGACCGCUCAAAAAUGUUCAAAUGUUGACGACACAGACAUAAGAGAACACAGAGAUAUCCAUAUAUUACCAAAUGUCAUCAAUAACUAUUGACUGAUAUUUAAAGAUUUUUAUUAUAUACACCACAAAAUAAGAUGCUUCUUUAACAGAUUCCUGCCUACUCCACCUCUAAAUGAACCAAUAAACAGACUCAGCUCUGCAGCUGGAGUUCUUACACUCUGUGGAGUUCAACCUAAACUUCUGUUUAUGAGCCUGAAUUUACAGUGAAGCUAAAACCAGCCGAACAGAACCACACUAAGAUCUGAAGUCAGGACUCCACAGCUCAAAGCUCCAGCAGCCCACCAUGUUUUCAGGUCUGAGAUCACGUUUGAUCUCGAGAGACUUUCUGAGACUCCACAUCUCUGUGUAGCUUCAGGGUCUGAGGUUUCUCCUCAGCUCUGCUCAGAUCUCUGCAGGUAAACUCAAAGAAAGACGUUCAAACACUUUUCUACCUGAAAUGAAACUAAAGACCAAACUCGGAGAAGUGGGCCGUGGGCUGCGUUCCUCUGCUGGGACGGUAAAGCUGACAGGUGUUUGGGCUUCAGUGAAAUUAAACUUUAUUCCAGCGGAUUAGAGAUUAAGAACACAUCCAAGCCUGCAGCGUUCAGGCACACAUCUGCACUCAGGAGAGGUUUGGAGUGGAGCGCACACCAAUUUUUUACUGGAUCCUGACUGAGUGUGUGUGUGUGUGUGUGUGUGUGUGUGUGUGUGUAUCUUCUCAGUCAGAAAUAGUCUCUGUUUGUCUCAGAUGAGGUUCACUAACCUGCUCUGGCUCAGAGUCUGCAGUCAUGGAGGCUAAAAUGCAGAAAUAAACUGCUGAGGGAUCAAUAGUCGAACAAAUGCCACCUCUCCUCUCAGUCAAUAACAGAAUUGAUCGCUGCACCUCCUCUCUUAAAAGCAGCCAAAGGAAUUGAAACUGUUGUCCUUUUUUCACUCUCGGUACUUUUGACGGUAAAAUCCCGUUUUCUCGCAGUUUUCCUGCAGAGCUGAAUCACAGACAUGCUGCAGGCCGCCGACACGAACAUACGCUGCAAGAUGUGCACAAACCUCAGCAGAGUGCAGGCAUUCACACACACCUCAGACACACACACACACACCUCAGACACACACGCAGCGUUUACACUCCUCUCUGCGGCCCCGGGGGGUCAAAUGAUUUCACAAAUGCUCACACUUAAUCCACCAGCCAGGCGACAAAGCUCAGACAAGUGUGUGUGUGUGUGUGUGUGUGUGUCUGAGGUGUUUGUUGGUAACGAUGGUUCUCAUUCAGGGCGUGUGGCGUGGUUCUGAACGGCUCACAUUAAGCGGACCCUCACUGCUGCUGUUGGAGUCCAAACCCUCGAAGCUUCGCUCUGUUGAAUCUGUUUUAUUCACACUUUGUUUUAAAGGUUUUACUGAGCUAUUAAAACUCUGACACUUCUUAUUUUUGUCCUCAUAAAAUCAGCCUGAUGAGGACAUUAAAAGCUCAUCUCCACACUGAAAUCACAUCUUUAAUUCUGCGGAUAACAAAGCUCUGCUCUCUCAGAGAAAGGCUCCAACACUCAGAUUUAUGAGGGACGAUAAUCUUUCAGGUUUAUCAGGAAGAGUCGAACCCUCUCCGAAACAUAGAAAGUGCCGAGCUGGCGUAAAUGCAGAGUUAUUUUAGUGACGGAGGUUUUGGAAACUGGGCCGCUGCUCCUUUCUGUUACAUAAUCGAUUCAGAAACAAACUUGGAUUAAAUCUCUGCUUUACAAUGAUUCGGAGCAGGAGGAUUAUCAGGAUGCUUUGGGGGGUUUCUGCAUGUUUUUCUAAGAUUAAAAUACACGACAAAAUUACUGUAAUGUUUUGUAAUAGUCCAGACCCAGAGGCCUGCUCUAUUAUUUAGACACACUCCAGUAUCCCAGUAUCAGAUCUCUUAUUCAGCCUGGAGGUGCUGAGACCUGGAACGAGUCAGAGAUCCAGUUCAAAGACAGAUAUAAAUGUAAGCAUGGAAGCAUCUAGAAUUUCCAGUUCUUUGUUGAAAGGACAACUGGACUUACAGGCGAAAUGUCUCAAGUAAGUCCAGUUGUCCUUUCCAUGCGGUGAUUCCCACUCCAGAAUCCUGUCUGUUUUUAACGCCCUAAAGAUCAGGACCAUCUAGUCCAACCAUUUCAAGUUCUUUUAAAUCCACGUUUUCACUGCCUCCAUCCACCCUGAUAGACCUCAGAUAGAUCAAAAACUGAAGCACACUUUCAAGAUCUCCUGAUUGAUCACGAGUCUGAUUCAUGACUGAGCAGAGAAGCUCCAGGACAGGUUCAAACAUAUAUAUACAUAUACAUAUAAAUAUAUAUACAUAUAAAUAUAUAUAUAUAUAUAUAUAUAUAUAUAUACGAAUGCUAGAUGGCUUACGCACACUGUUAACCAAUGGAGACCAACGUCCGCGCAUGUCGGCCAUCUUGCUUCAGUCAGCUCGUCCACUCCUAACAUUCCAGUCUACGGUGCAUGGAACACUUAAAUAACCAAUAGUUGGGUCAAACAUGUACAGCGCACACACACACACACACACACACACACACACACACACACACACACACACACACACACACACACACACACACACACACACACACACACACACACAUUAAAGUUCAUCAACAGCAGUUUAAAAUUGCAACACUUGAACAUUCUGUCAUUGAUCUGUCGUUCUGUCAUUGAUCUGUCGUUCUGUCAUUGAUCUGUCGUUCUGUCAUUGAUCUGUCGUUCUGGUCGUUCUGUCAUUGAUGUGUCGUUCUGUCAUUGAUGUGUCGUUCUGUCAUUGAUCUGUCGUUCUGGUCGUUCUGUCAUUGAUCUGUCGUUCUGUCAUUGAUCUGUCGUUCUGGUCGUUCUGUCAUUGAUGUGUCGUUCUGUCAUUGAUGUGUCGUUCUGUCAUUGAUGUGUCGUUCUGUCAUUGAUCUGUCGUUCUGUCAUUGAUCUGUCGUUCUGUCAUUGAUCUGUCGUUCUGUCAUUGAUGUGUCGUUCUGUCAUUGAUGUGUCGUUCUGUCAUUGAUGUGUCGUUCUGUCAUUGAUCUGUCGUUCUGUCAUUGAUGUGUCGUUCUGUCAUUGAUGUGUCGUUCUGUCAUUGAUCUGUCGUUCUGUCAUUGAUCUGUCGUUCUGUCAUUGAUGUGUCGUUCUGUCAUUGAUCUGUCGUUCUGGUCGUUCUGUCAUUGAUGUGUCAUUCUUUUCUUUCAUUGAUCUGUCGUUCUGUCAUUGAUCUGUCGUUCUGUCAUUGAUCUGUCGUUCUGUUAUUGAUCUGUCGUUCUUUCAACAUUCUCUCUCUCUCCUUUAUGCCCCCCCGACCCCCCAGUCUUGGUGUCCGAUUUUUUGCCCAUCAGUGUGAAGGACACAUGAGCCUUGAAGGAAGGACAGAGAGACAGAUGGAUGAGAGAUGGAGAUGGACAUGCUGACUUUCACUCCUCCUCCCUCCUUCUUCUCCUCCUCGUCUCCUCAGUUUGAGGAGGUGUGCUCACAUUAGAUUAACCCACCCCCUCCUCUCUUAUCAGAAUGAAUCGGAGGCUCUUCAUUAGAGGGUUAUGAGAUUAAACGUGUUUUUCUGCAGACUUGGUCUCACUUGGGCUUUGAAACACGCCGUUCUUCAGGACGACUCCUCGACAUGUGAUCGGACCUUUGGCAUCUCUAUCUGACAGAAGCGGUCUUUGUCCAACCUCCAGCUCAGCUGUCCACCUGUGUCCUCUGACCUUUGUUCCUGACUCACACACCUGCUCCCCUCAUGUCUCAUCCUCUGACGCCUCCGUCUUCAGCCCUGAGGACUGAGUUUGACGUAGAGUCGGUUUUUAUGUCUGUUUGGGAUUUUUGCUUCUCGGCGCCUCAUUGAGACGUGGAGCUGUUCUUAUGUUUAAGUCAGCUGUCAUGUUUCUAAAGGUCGAAGGACUUCUGGGUAAUUUUUAUCAUUAGAUGUAAGAGUAAAAAUUAAAAUCUGAAACUCUCAUAUUUACAUGAUUCAUGGUAAUUUCUCAUCAGGAAGCAGAACAAUCCGAUGUUUACGUAACCCGAUGGUCAGGAUGAACUCUGACUUUAUUAUCUAUUCAUGUGUUCAGGAGAUUUAUUUCCUGUUGAGCAGGAAUCAUAUAGAAAAUAUUUGUGCCAGAAAGCCUCUCAAGUAUAAUUAGGUAUCUUUCACUGCUCUUCCAACGCACCGAGCAAUCUCACACACACACACACACACACACACACACACACACACACACACACACUGAUCAGUGUAGGCUCAUAUCAAGCUAAUUAAGAGAUGUUUGCGUGCAAAGAUACAGAUGGAGAGGUCAUGACUCUCUCAUGCUCAAGAAAUCAGUUUUCUGAAAUUAGAAACUCGAGAGCGGCGAAACAGAAGAGACAUAAGAAGCUGGCGGUAAAGAACUGGCGUUCAGACUCGCUAGAUUACUCACUGGAUUUGACGACGCCAAUGCAAAGACUUUCAAAGACUUUCAAAGACUUCAAAGCUGAGAGUCAAACCUGGUGUGGGUUUAUGAGGCAGAGCUUUCACAGCUGAAUAUUUAAUGUAAUCAUCAUGUAAUCCAGGUGGGAGUGAGGUGAACCGAACUCUUGACUCAUCAGAACUCUGAGCCCACUGAUCAGUGUAAACAUGAACCUCCAGGGUGGGAUAACAAAGACUGAACGCUGCACUUCCUCAAGUGUCCACUUGAGGCUGUCUCUUAAUACCAGGUGACCCCAUCAGAGCCCUAAUUCAGGGAUCAGUUUUUUUAAAUGAGCGGUUCAGGUCUCUAUCGUCUCUAACUCAUCCAUCUGAUCAUCUUCAGACUUACGCACAGAUGGACCAGUAUCUUCUCUAAAGACAGGCGUGCUGGGCUAAAGCGUCAGCUCCACCUCUGUGUCUGUGUCUGGAUGAACAGAGAGUUCAUUAACGUCAUCAUCUCCAAUCUUUUCUGGGCGUCAACAACCAGAGGAACAACAGCUGGUGAUCAGAGAAAUAACAGAGGCACAAGUAUACUGGAGCAUACUGGAGUUCUUUUGGACUGAUCACCUUUCCCAGUUCUGUUUCCCCCUCGAAUGAUUUCUGAUUUCCUUUCCCUGUAAUUAUAAACCGCGCUGUGAGAAGGAGGCAGAAGUAUUCAGGGGACUCCUGUGUGAGGUCUGCUGGGGUGGGCUGUGAGUGAAGUUUACAGAUAAAGAUGGAAACACCGAGGACAUACAGAUCCGCUCUAAACUGGAGACUGGGACGGGCCAAUCACAGCCCACCAGGAGACAGCUGUCGAGUGUGUGAGGAAUAAAUACCUGGAUAUUCUGACGGAGCAGUUUGGGUUAUAAAUACAUGAUAGUAGAGUUUGGGUUAUAUUUAUAUCUGGAUAUCCUGAGUCGUGCAGUCAGUCAUUGGUGUUUACUGAUUUAUCUGUUAUUGGUUCAUCUUUGUUGUUGUUCAUGUUAUUAGGGGGGAAAAAAAUCUGAUUAUUGAUUAAUCGGCCGAUUUAUAAAACUUUUUAUGAAGUUAGAAAAAAUAUAUAUAUAUGUACUGUAGAUUUACUGUAGGCUACUGCUUUAAGCGCCGACAGGAAGACCAACUGAUCAAACUCGGACCAGAAAAGCGUUUUCGACUACUACCCCCUGCCGCCGCUGAUCGGUUCCUCCGUCUUCACUCCCGUUCCUCAUUUCCGGUCCGGUCUGAUCUGCAGACAUGCAGCUGCCUCAGUCAGAGAAGUAUCUCGAUCACUAAUGUGUACUGUUGUUUAUUCUACCGUUACUGACACGGCUAACAGUGUAGCAAGGCUAAUAGCAGGUGGCUAACUCUAACUUUAGCUUCAUAUCCCAUGGUGCUUCAGCGUUAAGUGGGCGUGACCGAGACCAGCACAGCGGGGAACAUGGUGAAGUGGGUUGAACUGAAACUUGUUGACUUAUUGCUGUGAGGUAGUUAGUGGAUGGGGAUUGUCAUGAGGUCGCUGCGCCAUCUACAGGAUAAGUCGGGGAACUUUUCAAAUGGAGGAACAUUUUCAAAGUGAAACUGAAUCUUAUUCUCCGCAUUUUAUUUCUGAAAAUAUCGGCGAAAAUCUGCGAGUUUUGGCCGAUUACCGAUUGAUCUCCAACAGGCUAAAAUUGUCCGGGCCCCUCGUUAAAUGUGUUAUGUACUUAAGUGCCUGUUUUAAUCAGUAUGAGCUUAAUUAAGUCUGGUUUCUGUAUCCUAAAAUGAACAUUUGAUGCAUAAUUACUGCUGUGAGAGUUAAGUUUCCCGUUCUGUCACUCUGUCCACUUCAGUCGUCUUGGACAGAGAAGUCCGGCCUGCAGAGAGCUGUUUGAAAUUCAGGGACGUGUAGAAAUGCAAAGACACAGGCGCCCACACUCCUGGGAUUCUGUAACUCAUUUGUGUAAUCCGCCCAUGGACCCGGGAGAAGGUGUUGAAGCUGGAAAACGCUGACUGCUCGGUGCCAUGAGUAAGGCUUGUGUUUAAUGCGAGUGAACAGAGGAGAAAGCGUCUGAUUCAUUUCCAGCCCUCUCAUUGUGUCAGCAGCUGCUUCGCUUUGAUGGGACUAUGAGUGGGAGAGAGAGAGAGAGAGAGAGAGGAGCACAGAUACAGUGAACAUAUGCACCAGCAGAUAAAUAAGAUGAAAGCAUAUUAACACCUUUGGUAAUUAGUUACAGGUGUCCACUCUGGAAAAUGUUUGUAAUAAAAACAGCAAAACCUGCUCCGAGCUCCUUCAGGACCUCUGAGUCUGAGUGAGCGUCCAACUGAAGACUUUAGAGGUGGAAACAUGCUGGAGGAGGAUUCAAAAUUCAUGUGGACGAGGUCAGGAACAUCUCAGUCUGAUGAAGACACUCUGAGAGCAGAGACAGGACACCAUGUCCAUUUAUAAUUGAGAACACCUCAGAGACCGGAGAGAGAAAAAAAAACACUUUUACUAAACAAGAAGAAACACAUGAAGUCUGUGUUUGAAAUUAUGACUCAAUCAUUUCAGGCUUUUGUCUCCGUUUACUGACCUUCAUUUAACGGUUUGAAGAGAACGAGACUUUAUUUAGACUUUUAGUACGAGCAGAAGAAGAAGAAGAAGAGGCUGCAGGACAGUCUGGGGUCUACAGUUAAAGGAGACAGACUUAUUCACUCCAGAUUCGUUUACUCAAGACUCGUUUAAUCCAGAUUCGUUCACUCCAGAUUCUAUCACUCCUGAUUUAUUCAGUCCAGAUUCAAUCACUUAAGAUUCUUUCACUCCGGAUUUAUUUACUUCAGAUUCAUUUAGUACAGAUUUGUUAACCCCAAACUCGUUCAAUCCAGAUUCGUUACUCCAGAUUCAUUCGCUCUACAUUCGUUCACUCUUGAUUCUAUCCCUUUAAGAUUCAUUUACUCUAGAUUCAUUAACUCCAGAUUCUAUCACUCUAGAUUGUUUCACUCUGGAUUUAUUCACUCCACAUUCGUUUACUCCAGAUUCUAUCAUUCUAGAUUCAUUCACUCCAGAUUAGUUCACUCUAGAUUCAUUAACUCUAGAUUCUUCUACUCCAGGUUCAUUCAGCCUCUGACUGAACCCCAUCACUGUCUGCUUUCACACUGAUAGAAAGUCCGACUCAGCUCGCUGGUGUUACUUUUUACACAGCUCAGUUCUGAAUUUGUAGAAAAUGACUGAGGCUUGUCCUGGUCUUCAAAGACCUGCAGGGAAACAGACCCUCAGCUUCAGGAUGGGCGUGUCCUGCAUCGUUGCCCUUGAUUGGACGACAGAACGUGACAUCAUGUUCAGGCCAAAUCUCAUGAAGUUCUCCAGAUGAGCUUCUCAGAGAAACUAGAACACGUCCUUGGAUAAAGUCCUUGAUUUUUGUAGAAACUUUGCUGUGAUGAAGAUCCGUCACUGUAACAAACAGUUGAACAGGAAUCAGUGGACUGAGUCUGUAUGAAGCUCUGAACGCAGCUCUGCACAGGCAGAACUUUUAAUGAUCUUAUUCUUGGAGCGCCAUCAUUUGGGUAAAAAUGAAAGAUGGUUGAAGACGAUGUGGAUAAGAUUUACAGAGCUGACCUCUAUAAGAGCAGGAGUUAAAAAAAGUCCAGAGUGGCACAGAGAUAUUUUCUCUCCAGCGUGAUGUUCUGGGUUAAUUCAGGCUGCUUCAGAGCAGAUUACUCAGCUUUAGCCAGAAACCGCCGCCUCGACACGAAAGGUCAGAGGGUUCGCCCAAAAUAUUAGAAUUCAUCCCUCAGGGAGCAGGAACAUCCGCAGAACAUUUAACGGAAAUCUGGACAUAAGUUUCUGACAUCGUGUGAAGAAAAGCUGACAAUUUGACCCAAAGGAGUCCCCGGAGGAGAACUGGAGGAGUUUCCAAAAUGGUCAUGGUUCAAGCUCGAAGACAGAUUUAGGCGAAGUUCAGCUGACAGCGAUACUGACUUUGGGCUGAAAGAGAGAAUCUGCUUUGACCUCAGCUACGAUGUGACUGCAACACAAUGUGAGGACGAGGCAUGGAGAUAAAAUCCAGAUUUACAAGGAGAGUCAGAUUCCUGUCAAACACGGAGACGACAAACAUGCAGGCCUCAGAUGGGCUCAAGAUCUUAUCAUGAGGGAUUAUUGUGAAGCUGGUUCUGCAGAGAUCCAACACCGGAGAGACUUUUCAAUGAGAACUGUUUUUUUUUUAUUGUGCUUUUUUUAGUCCUGAUGUGUUUUUGGAGUAAGAGCUCUCAGGGGAGACACUCCUCAUCUGUGUGUGUGUGUGUGUGUGUGUGUGUUAGCUUAACGUCUGCAUGCAAAUCAUGCUCUCACUGGGAACAGGUUUAGCUUGUGUGUGCUCGGGCGCGUGCACGUGUGUUGUCAUGGUGCGUGUCUCCUAACAUGCAUGAAGAAGCUUCCUGUUCCUGCUCAUGAUCAGGUCUAAUGCAGCGUCUCCUCUCCAUUGAGGUUGUGACGGAGGAGAAGGAUCAGCUCAGUAUUACUGCAGGAAAUGAGAUGUCACGCUCGGCUCAGUGCGGGGCGACGGGGCCGGGCUCUCCAGAACCGAUUCAGACUGAGGGGGUUUGUGGAAGUGUUAGGGUGAGGGUGGAAGAAGAGGAGGGAGAGAGAGGAAGAGAGAGGAAAGCGGUCAGGUGUGAGUUUACGUUCCUCAGACAGUUAUAUGGAGGAACUGUUCAUAGAUGUUCUGAGGUGAGCUGUGACAGGUGUCAAAACCCCCAGAGUAGAGGAGUAGCGUUGGUCUCAUCUUUAGAAAAAGUAGCGCGUCCAUCAUGUCGGACAAAAACAACGCUGUACGAUGCUCCAUCUUCUUGUUUCUCCAAAAUGCCCAGCAGCAGUUGUAGACACUUCUGACGUCUGACACCGACCUGCUGUUGUUGUUGACGGUUGUAUGGGGUCGGAAACAGCGCCGCUGAAAAGACCCAUAUCGCCCCCUAGUGUUGAGGAGGAGGACACGUUUUGAUUUUCUCAGCUGCAUGUAAACGAGGACGAGGAGAGAAGUCGGAUUCAGAGAAAAAGACGAAUUCUGAGUUUAGUCGGAUUAAACUGAGACUGUAAACAAUCUGAGUGAGACAAGCACCUUCUCAUGAUCCUGAAGCUGUCACCUCCUAACCCCUGAUAGAUCUGCAGCACUUCCUGUUUUAUGGCCGAUGUUAACGACAGUUUUUCUGCUUCAGAGAGAAGAAGAGAAAUGAAGACAGACAGACAGACAGACGGACAGACAGAUCUUUCUGCUCGUCCCAGUUUUGUUUCUCGUUCCUUCAAAGCUUGUAUGCAGAGAAACUCAGUUGUCUUCUCUCUCUCUCCUUCACUCUCUCUCUCUCUCCGUCUGACUGGAGUCUCAGCUCUCCCACACAUCUCCGCUCACGCUCUCCAACCCUGCAGCCAAGUGAAGCUUUAUCAGCUCAGAUUUUUCUCUUCCUCUCCAGCACAAAUAUCGGUAACGCUUCAUUUCAACCACACUUGGCUGAUUGAGAAAUAUACAGAGGAUUUUUAUAUCAUAAACUCUACAUAUGUAUCUGUGUAAACACGGCUGUUACAUCAUUAGAUUAAGAGUCAAACACGGUGGUUCGAUCUGCAGCGAUUAAAAAAGUCUAAAAAGGAGACAACAGCAGUUUACUGUCAAUUUCUCAUCAGGUUAUAAAGAUGACAAACGUUGACGUUCGCUCGUCUGUGUGUGAAACAUCAGACUGAAUGUUUCCUCACUUUGCUCUCUCCUCUCGUUUGUGUCUCAGUUUUCCAGGCGGAGGUUUGUGGGACACUGAGGACGUCCUUCAGAUCCAAGAGGAACAAAUAACCGAUUAAGGUGACGGACUUUGAGAACAACUUCCCUUACCAAGAAAUCCCCGUUAAGGAUACAAGCAGAGCGCCGAGACGAGAGCGAGCGAGGAGCUGUUUUUGUUUGUGGAUAAAGAAAGAGGAGACGAGAGAGGAGGACGGAGGAGAGGAACCAGGUGAGAGACUUCUUCUUCUUCUUCUUCUUCUUCUUCUUCUUCUUCUUCUUCCUUCUCUGCUGGACGUUAGUUUGGGAUCACGGCUUCAUCUAAACAUUGAAGUGACUCUCAGGUGAUUUGACACACCUGUCUGAACACACACACACAAACACACACACACACACACACACACACACACACACGCCUGUAAUGAUCAAAUCACUGAACUAAAGAGCACAUCUGCUCUACAGCGGCUCCAAACGUUGUGCACAUGUGUGUGUAAUUGCACAUGUGUGUGUGUGUGUAUGUGUCAUGUAUGUAGCUCUCUCUGUGAAGCUCCUGCAGGCGCUGCAGUGAAAGCAUUAGUUAGCGUCUUCACAGGCUUUCAUUACGACGUCGUCUUCCUCGCUCUUAUUGCACUUAUUUAACUGGCAACACUGUCAUUAGUGCUGACAGAGCUCCACUUACCACAGCUAUUAUAUUCUGUUUGUGUGAGUGUGUGUGUGUGUGUGUGUGUGUGUGUGUGUGUGUGUAAGUGUGUGUGCCAGGCAGAGAUAAAGCUAAAGCAGUAAUCGUUGUAAUUAUUUCAUCUCUCUCUCUCUCUCUCUCUCUCUCUCUCUCUCUCUCUCUCUCUCUCUCCUGCUCUUUAAGGCUCGGCUCAGUUUGGUCACUUUGGUACACAUGAACCAUCUUUGUCAGGCGCACGCACGCACACACAUACAGACACAUAAAAAAAGAUGUCACAUAAAGUAGAGAGAGUUUAGUAAACCGGGAAAAUAAAGUGUGAUGGAGCAUCGUACUGCGUUGUUUUUGUCCGACAUGAUGGACGCGCUACUUUUUCUAAAGAGGAGACCAACGCUACUCCUCUUCUCCGGGGGUGUGGCGCACAUGCAUUUUCUGAUGAUACUCCGACUACGCUGGUUACACGGUACAGAAAAUCGAAUUCCAAUCACGUCUUAAUCGGAGUUCUCAAACUCUGAUCAGACUAAGGUGUUUACAUGAACUUCAGUUGUCCGGUCUUAAUCGGAAUAAGGCGAUAAUUCGGUUUUCUGGAGUGUCAUGGAAACGGACUGAGUGAGACUGUGAGUUUCAUCAACCAAAGCAGCAAAGAAGAAAACACCAAGUCUCUGAUUGGCUGUUGUUUGUCUCUGACCUUAAAGUCCUGACUGGUCUGAUCAGAACCGGACCUCCGCUCCUCACCUACAAACAGUCAGUCCAGUCUGGCCGACUGUUUCCAUCGAUCACAUAGAAUCAGGUACUGGUUCCUGUUGAAGAGUUUCACGUUAGUUUGUCGUCCUACAAAGAUGAGCAGCUGUAAAGUCGACAGAUAGAGGAUUAUUUACCACUGUAGUUUUCUGCUCGACUCGCUCUCGGCUCUGAAACGACUUUAUGUAAGAGUCGAUAUUUUCUGUUAUUCUCCUCUGAAGUUGGGAGUGGAGUUACGUUCUCACCGAUGACUUGAAAGCCAGUCUGAGAUUCACUCCUGUCAGGCCUCUUGUUCUUUCAAUCUCCCCGUCUGUUCUCAAACUUCCUACAUGAAAGUCCUCCUCUGUCUCUCUACCUCAGCCCUGAUGUCUGCUCGGAAAAAAACAAAAACCCGACUCAGACCCAGAAGAGAAGAAGUUUGCCUUCAGGGCUUUCUGCUACCUAGCUGAGCUUUAAAGUGUUGCUCAGCUCUUCUGGGAGAUCGUAGCAGCGAGUCAUUUGGGACAUGAAGUUAGAUUUAAACAGGCACCAUCCUUCCUCUGCUCUCCUCUCUUAUGUAAGGAUAAUUCACAGAGAGACAGUUAUUACAGGUCAAAGUGAACAGACUUUAAACGUCUGUCAGUGACCGAUCCCUAAUCAUCUAAUCAUGGAACUUAAAGGUGUUGUACUCAGGAUCUGAGGAGGUUCCAGUUUUUAGGAGAAAUCUUGAAUGUAAACUCUACCCCUCACAACCAGUUUUCCCCUCAGCUCCUCCUCUCCCCUUAAGCCCCGCCCACAAACAGACGCUCCUGCUCGCUCGUAUCGUUCCAGUUAAAUUCAGAUAUAAUGCAGAUAAAUCCUUCAGAUCAUUACAAAUGGGGCCCAGUCAAGGUGAAAGUCAAAAGCAUUGGUGCUACUGUAGAUGCCAACAGACUACCAGCAAACACAAUGUUUGCAGGACUUCUACAACGAGGAUAAAGUGACAUAGUCCAGGACCCGAGGGAGGACAGUUUAGCGAUGGCGCUACAACACGCUACAGCAGGUCCGUUUGACAAGAAACACUUCUGUUACAGACACUUGUCUUACUUUGUUAAAGCGGUUUACCUGUCCAGCAGAAAGGUUACAGGGUCACCAAGAUCCCCAAGCGUCCCCCAUCGUUUAUGUUGACCCGGCUUUUUAGCUCUUGUCCGGUCUACCUCCGUUUUAAGCGCCCGUUAUUCCUCCAGAGUCUCCGGUAUUUACUUUGUUUUCUUGCUUGUGUCGGCAGUCGUGGCCAAAGGAGGAUUCAGACAAUUUUCCGAACUUUCUGGUUGGUUUCUACUGUCCGAUAUUGUAGCACGCUAACUUUGUUUGAGCUCCUGAACGACACGGGGGGAGCAGCAUUUUCUUGUUGACAGUAUUCUUGUUGUCUGCUUUGGUGUGGACUGUUUAUGGUUGACUGUUUUCUUGUUGACUGUUUUUGGUUGACUGUUUUGGGGUUGACUGUUUUCUUGUUAACUGGUUUGGUGUUGACUGUUUUCUUGCUGGCUGUUUUCUUGUUGACUGUUUUGAUGUUGACUGUUUUGGGGUUGACUGUUUUCUUGUUGACUCAUUUUGGUUGACUGUUUUCUUGUUGACUUUUUUCUUGCUGGCUGUUUAUGGUUGACUGUUUUCUUGUUGACUGUUUUCUUGUUGACUGCUUUGAUGUUGACUGUUUUCUUGUUGACUGUUUUGGUGUUGACUGUUUUGGUGUUGACUGUUUUCUUGUUGACUGUUUUCUUGCUGACUGCUUAUGGUUGACUGUUUUCUUGUUGACUGUUUUCCUGUUGAUUGUUUUUGGUUGACUGUUUUGGGUUUGACUGUUCAUGGUUGACUGUUUUCUUGUUGACUGUUUUGGUGUUGACCGUUUUCCUGUUGACUGUUUUGGUGUUGACUGUUUUCUUGCUGACUGUUUAUGUUUGACUGUUUUCUUGCUUGUGUGGGCAGUCGUGGCCAAAGGAGGAUUCAGACAAUUUUCCGAACUUUCUGGUUGGUUUCUACUGUCCGAUAUUGUAGCACGCUAACUUUGUUUGGGCUCCUGAACGAGACGGGGAGCAGCGUCUUCAAAUGUUGAGGACAUGGACAUGACAAAACACGGCGAUAUCGUGAUAUUCCCAAAGGUCAUCAAUAACUAAUAACUAUUGACUGAUAUUAAACGGUGAUUUAAGUUCUAUUUAAACAUACUGUAAAAGCUCCAGUUAAAUCACAUCAGUCUUGAAUCUUCCUCUUCAGCUGUUGGAGUUGGAGGAGCGUUCAGCAGGAAGUGUGCGGCCAAAAUCAAAGACGCCAAACUCUGCCGCUGUACUCACAGAGGGCUUUUAGUGCCAGCGGUGUGAAUGCCAAUGAAGAGCAGACUGUUACAGCAGCAGCCUGAGGGAAACACACUCACACACACACACACACACACACACACACACACACACACACACACACACACACACACACACACACACACACACACUCUAACAGCAGCUGGAAACCAGUCCAAACGUGGAGCUGGAUCCAGGUUUGGAGGUCGACUCAGACUCUAAACGAGCGCAGAAGAAGAACAGGCGGGAGGCAGAGAAGAGGAUCAAGUUUAUUUGAUGCAUAAAGAUCACAGCGCUCACUGAUGCUCCGCCCACUCACUCCAGAAGAGACCAACAACCAAACACAUGCGUGUGCAGGUCAAGUUAAAGCCGCCAUCUUCGUUGUUUAAUAAAAACAGAAUAAUCCGACGUGUUUUUCUUCAAACACUCCGACCUUUAGUCUGAACCUCAGAUCUGACAGGCGCCUCGUUUCUCUCUCUGAGGUUUUCUGAUGUGAAGACGCUGCAGAGGUCAGCUUCUGUUCUGAUCGGCUUCAGUUUGACCUGAGAGAGUGAGGAGGUGAGAUGUCUCACUCCACUGUCAGUUAUUAUUGUUAUUUUACUCUGUUUCGCUGUUUCACACACACUUCUGUCUGCAAAGAUAGUGAGGAGGUGAGAUGUCUCACUCUUAGAGGAUUUUAAGGUCUAAACUCUCAGCUGUGCAUGCUUCAUAUUCAGCUGGUAGAGAUCAGAUUUCAGCUGAUUUGGAGGUUGUGACUCUCGUCUUCAUCCAGACUGACUCCUUAUCUUCAGAGGGAGGAACAGGAGCUGAUGAGAUCUGGGUCCAGGAGGAGUCCUGGAUGUGUGUCAGUCUGCUCUCAUACCAGUCCUCCCAUUGAACCAUCAGUCUGGAAAGUCCUGCUUUAAUCAUGAGCCUCCUCCUCCUCCUCCUCCUCCUCCUCCUCCUCCUCCUCCUCACCACAAACUCCAUCAGAACAAAUAAGAGUCUUUUCAGCUGUAAUGGGAUUAUUGAUUCGGUGGCAGCCCAGAACGGAGACUGUGUGUGUGUGUGUGUGUGUGUGUGUGUGUGUGUGUGUGUGUGUGUGUGUGUGUGUGUGUGUGUGUGUGUUGUUUGUUUAUGCUGCAGGACUGAAGUCUUAAAUUACCGUCUCCCUCAGAGUCGGAAGGUUUCACUGAUGAGUCCAGAACCUCUUUGGACUCAAGUCCAUCAGAACACAGUUUUUCCCCGUCAUCAUCAUCAUCAUCAUCAUCACCAUCAUCAUCAUCAUCAUCAUCAUCAUCAUCGUCAUCAUCAUCAUCAUCAUCAUCAUCGUCAUCGUCAUCAUCAUCGUCGUCGUCGUCAUCGUCAUCGUCAUCAUCGUCAUCGUCAUCGUCAUCGUCAUCAUCAUCAUCAUCAUCAUCAUCAUCGUCAUCAUCAUCAUCAUCAUCAUGCCGUAGAGACGUUGGGUUCUCCUUUACCACUAAUGUCCACCUCAUCCUGAACGUCUACCAAAAGGUCGUCUUCCUGUUGUUUCGUUGACAGCACACGCGCUCGCUCUCGCUCCUCCUCCUGGUUGGCUGUUUUUCUCACAUGCAGCUGGAGGUGGUUUACAUAACCGCUCUGACCGUCCUAAAGAGAGCGUAGUGAUCCAGUCUGAUGUGGAACAGUUCAGUCUCCAGCUGCUGGUCCGUCUUCAGUGAGUGAGCUGGUCUGGACCUGCACGGGUCCAGCUGAACACCUCUGUGGUUGAAGGUUAGAGCAGUAAAGGUUAAUACUUUGAUUUUAAACCAAUAAGAAACGACCACAGCUCGAUCCAGGACUCCAGCAUCAGGGGGGUUUGCGUCGGUGUUUGUCUGCUGGUGUGAGUUGGACAGAUCCUGCUGGGGGGUCUCAGACGGGAACAGAUUGCUUUGCUUGAACCGCUGGCCUAGUUUGACCCUCGUCUCAUGUUAACAUGAGCGUCACAUGACUGCGGGCUGAGAGAGAGAGAGAGAGAGAGAGCGAGAGAGAGAGCGAGCUGUCUUUAUGUUGGAGGACGAGUGAAGAUCAAACCUAUCCUGAAAUAAACUCUUUCAUUUCCACGUGCAGACCUCCGCUCAGCUGAAGAAGAAACUCAAACACUCUCACAUCUGUUCGUCUGUCACCUGGAUCUCUGCAGCUCUCCGUCACAUGACUUCUUAUUCAUCACGAUUAUUUUCACUCCUCUCCGUCUGUCUGUGAAGACAUGUCCGGGUUUUCUUCUGCUCUAAAAUACCCUCUGUAAUUCUUCUACCUCGGUUCUGGUCCUGCUGUCUUCCUCCCCCCUGCUGCGUCCCUCCUCUCCUCCCCCCUCAUCUGCUGUUUCUGCAACCGUCCCUCCGCCAGCGUUUGCUAAUCCUGCUCACAUGACCUGACAUCAGCGCUCAUCUCUCCUUUAAAAAAACACAUUUGAAUCAUCACUGAGAACUCUGACUGAGUCCAGAUCCAGAGAGGAGGAGGUGAAAAAGAAACACAGAAGGGAUCAGACAUGAUACUGAUGCUGAGAGAGGAGCCUCCAGCUGAUGAGGAUGAUGAGGAUGAUGAGGAUGAGGAUGAUGAUGAUGAUGAUGAUGAUGAUGAGGGUGCUUAUGAUUACGAUGAUGAUGAUGAUGAUGAUGAUGAUUACGAUGAUGAUGAGAAUGAUGAUGAUGAUGAUGAUGAUGAUGAUGAUGAUGAUGACGAUCACCAUGACAAUAAUGAUGAUGAGGGUAAUUAUGAUUACAAUGAUGAGAAUGAAGAUGGUGAUAACGAUGAUGAUAAAAAGGAAGAUGAUGAUGAUGACAAUAAUGAUAAUGACGAUGACAAUGACAAUUAUGACGAUGAUGAUGAUAAUGAUGAUGUUGAUGAUGAGGAUGAGGAUGAUGAGGAUUUCAAUGAAAAUGAUGAGGAUAAAUAGGAAGAUGAUGAUGAUGAUGAUGAUGGGGAUAAUGAUGAUGACGAUGAUGAUGAUGACGAUGAUGAUGAUGAACAAGAUGAUGGGGAUGAGGAUGAUGAUGAUGAUGAUUAUAAUUAUGAUGAUGAAGAAUAAUGAUGACAAUGACAAUGAUUAUGAGGAUGAUAGUGAUGAAAAUGAUGAGGAGAAAUAGGAAGAUGAUGAUGAUGAUGAUGAUAUUGAUGAUGACGAUAAUGAUAAGAAGGAUGAUGAUGAUGAUGAGGAUGAUGAUGAUGAUGAUGAUGAAGAUGAUGAUGAGGAUGAUGAUGACAAUGACAAAGAUAAUGAGGAUGACAGUGAUGAAAAUGAUGAGGAUAAAUAGGAAGAUGAUGAUGAUGAUGAUGAUAUUGAUGAUAAUGAUGAUGAUGAUGAAGAUUAGGAUGAUGAUGAUGAUGAUGAUGAUGAUGAUAAUUGAAAUACGUUAAAUUAACGUCAGUACAGAGAUGAUGGACAUGUGAACGUCAUGUGACAGUGAAUCAGAGCGUCAUUCAGAGAGUUAGUGACCUCUGAGUUUGGCAGCAUUUCAGACUCUGACCGAACGACAGAGAAGAGAGAGAGAGAGAGAGAGAGAGAGAGAGAGAGAGAGAGAGAGAGUCUUUAUGAGGCCGUGUGAGGAGUUGACAUGAGGACAGAGACAUCUAGCAUGUAUAGAUCUGUGCACACCUGAGGAUGAGCGUUGUUAUAGUUCAUGGUUCAUAGUUUUGAUGAAUCCUCGCUCCUGUGGUCACUGACAUUUCCUCCUCUCCAUGAAUCAUCGUGUUCUCCUAAAGCAGCGUGGACAGAGUUACUCAGCUGAGUACGACACAGAGCAGCUGAGGAGGGUUCAGACAUCAGGUAACGACACACAAACAAACCAACACACAAACGAACGAACGAACCAACAGAGAGGUGAUCUGAUCCUAAAACAGCCUCAUCUCCCUGAAACCACAUCAGUUUAAAUCAGUCCAGAAAACGCCCUCCAGCCUCAUGAUGGUCGAAUCUACGCUCAACAACUCGGAGCCUCAGGGAUCCCCUCAGGACCCCCCUAAAGUGGACUUUGUUCCUGGACUCCUCCCUCAGCUGUUUUCAGCUCGUGUGUCUCUGUCAGGAUUUAUCGACGUCUCUGUUACUUCAGCCCCUCAUGUGAUCAUCCUCAUGUGCACGGGUGAAUUCAGGAGCGCAGAACAGACGCUACACACAGAUGCAUGUACACACAGAGACAGAGCCCAGAGACACACACACACACACACACACACACACACACACACACACACACACACACACACACACACACACACACACACACACACACUGAUUAUCAGGUCGGUGUGUUUGUGGAACCAGCAGAGACAGAGAAGAACCAAGAACGUGUAAAUAUACCGAAAACUACAGAGUCGGUCUGACAUGAACUUCAAAUACAAGACAACUUCAUCAAACUGACAAUGUAACACACACACACACACACACACACACACACACACAAACACACACACACACACACACUGCCCUAAAUUAGAGAGGAGAGGUUACAUAAGAGGAGAGGAAGGAGAAACGUUACGAUCUGAAAGGAAGAGCACGUCAGAGAAGAAGAAGAAGAAGAAGAAGAAGAAGAAGACAUGAGGAGACCUGAUUGUUCUGGCAGCAGCAGCUCAGAUCAUGACGUAGAAAAUGAGGAACAUCUAAGAUGGACUGAGACGCAGCAGAUAUGAGAGAAAAGAGAGCAUGAGUUCAUCCUAAUCCAUCAUCCUAAUCCACGACGACAUUCACAUCAGAUCUGAACAACAGAGGAAAAUAUAUCGGAAACAUGGAGGAACGAAAACCAGAGAGAGAGAGAGAGAGAGAGAGAGAGGACGUCCGAGAUUCAAGAUCUACAGGAGAAAUGAUUUCUUCAGAUACAGCUGCAGGUCUGUCUCUGAUUCAGUUUGGAUUUAUGCUCAUGGUUUACUCAGAGAGAGAGAGAGAGAGAGAGAGAGAGAGAGAGAGAGAGAGAGAGACAUCCCCCAUAUGCAGUGAGCCGUACGUGUUGCAUAAGCUGACCUAUCUCUUCUGUAAUCAGAUCAGUAUUCCAACAAAAACCUAAUCCAGAAGAACCGCUGAGAGAGACAGAGAGACUGAGAGAGGGAGGAACACAGAGGAGCAGAACCAGAGGAAGAACCAUCCAGAUCCAGGUUUGGACUCAUCUGCACGGUUAGAGGUUCCUGGAUCCACAGGAGCUGAAAGAUCUCAGAAGAAGGAGGGUGAAUAUGAGAGGAUGAAGGUUCAUGUUGAAGCUCUGCUCACACAGCAGCUCCGUCUGCUCCAACACCAUCUUCACUCCACCUGGACACUCAGGAGCCUCCCAGUGUGAUCAUGAUCAGGACCAGAGAUGACCUGCUCUGCAGAUCCAUGUUAAGCUCAGUCCAUGUUUUAACGUGAGCAUUGAUUGGCUGAUUAAUCGGCCAAUCAGUGCCUCCACGUCUUAACUCGUACUGAGUGAUGAAAGGUGGAAACUCUUCACCGGUGGAUCAGGAAGCUGCACACCGACUGUCGACUGUAAAAUCAUGUCUGACAGUUUUUGACCAAUCAUAGUCUGAGCAGCUGAAGGUCACGCCCUCUCCUUCCUCCUGAUGUGAGUUUGAUAACCUGAACCUCCAUGAUGUCCUCAUGAACAUCAGACCGAAGAGUGUUUUUGACCACGACAUCUUUGACCCGAUAAGAGUUCGACCCUGAGAGCCAAUCAGAAGUCUGAUUUCUGAACCCCAGUCUAUCCUCAUGUAUUCAUAAUUCUGACUCCAUGAAUCAAACCCAGAAAUCUGUGACACGAGAAACUCUCUGAACUUUAAUGAACGUCUGCAGGAGAGGAUGACUCCUGAUAUUUACUCAAUCUUAAAUAAAACACCCGUGGCAGCAGCGCCGCCGCCACCGCCACUGUUCUGAUGCGCUCAGUAAACAAACAAGCAGAGUACACACACCAGACUCACAUAGGCUGACAGGGGCGCCGUGAUGAACCCAGCCCGCCACUGCCGCCACCACCACGCUCUGUGAGCCCCGUUGGUCCCGCCGUCACUCUCAGCUGAAGCUCUUCAGUCAAACGUGUCGUUAAAAAGUUUGAGUUUAGGUGUUUUAAGAAAAGUUCAACCUCGUACUGGAUCAGAGUUAGUGAAGAAGUGAGUCUGAUGAGGUCUCAAUUAAAGAGCUGACACACACACACACACACACACACACACACACACACACACACACGUGUUGCAGAGGCGAAAAGUGGAGCACUAAAUGAGGCGCUGCGUGUCGUCUGAGACCUAGCCUCGUGUUAUUUUAGAUCGGGAAGCGUGUCACGGUGAGACGAGGAUCUAGGUAGCCCAGAAUGAGAGCGACUGUUCAGGUUUACAGUAAACUAGAGAGAAGACCUGAAGGUCGUCUCAAAGUCACAGCAACAGUUAGAGCAGAGGAACAAACUUGGAUCAGCUCUGAAGCUGAAAACAUCCAGGAUCCUUACUGAGCGUGAUGUAAAUCAUAGAUGCUGCAUCCUCAGAUUUAAAGAGUAGAGGGUCCAUAAACCCCAAAUCCCACCUUCAUCCUGAUCGUCUCCUAAAAGGUCGUAUCCUCCGAUCGUCGCUGAUCGUAACCAUUCAAGUUAACGUGUCAAUUUACACCGACUUCUUUCCGUUCCUCUGCGGAUCGCCGGACUCCUCAGCUGAUUUUAGACGUCAUUUCACCCCGAUGACACCAUGGAUGAGGAGAUGCUGAUUCUAGAAGUCUAGAAGUAGAUUUCCUCCUCUGGAAGGACACAAUCUACUGCUUAUAUGUCUAUGUGUCUGUCUUUAUAGAGACAACUCGUUAUCGUGUGAUUGAACGUGAAUCUGCAGGUUCUUCUGAGUCCUCACGAUUACCGCUGUCUGGAAUCAGCCAUGAUAUUUGCCUCACAAACAGAUCUGGUAGGAACUGGUGUACGGUGAAAAUCACCGCCGUUCUGGAUGCAGUGAAAAUCCCGGGUUAGCAGGUCAAAGUCCUGUUGGGGUCCACAUGGAUCAGGGAUCGACCAUCAGAUUGUUCUGUUCCUGAUAAAUCCAGAACCAGGAAGGAUUUCUCAUCGACACCGACUGAUACAGUCAGGAGUUCAUAUACGGUGUUUUAUUUUGAAAUACUGGAUGACGUGCACUUUUCUUUCUCUCUCUCAGUUACCUGUCGCUCCAUAAACCACAUCAGUCCUCCACACCCUCAUAUAUGUUAAAUCAGAGACCACCUUGAUUUAAUCCAUGGAUAAAUUAAACCCUCCUCCUCUUCCUCAUGAUGAUGAUGAUGGCGUGUUGUUGUCGGAUCAUGGCGUUCACAUCCGUGUCUCUGUGUCGUGUGUUUCUAAACCCUGUGAGCUCCACUGCCUUCCACUGAAGCUAAUUAGUUUAAUGCAUCAUUAGCAUCAUUAGCAUCAUUAGCAUCAUUAGCAUCGCCCUCAGUUCACCAUUUCAGGAGAUUCAUGGUGAAAAGAUUGAGCUGGGAGCGCCGCGCCGCGUGGCUGCCAUCGUAACGAGGACAGAGCUGAUUGGCUGCACAGAUACAUGAGCGUGUCUGUGGUUGGCUGAUAGACUGACGGCUCUGAGCGUUGCUUCCUGACUUCUUGUGAGCUCGUGGAUGUUUGUUUCAGUCUCAUUAUUCAGUCUUUAUUCUGCCUUAAACAACAACACGCUCCGUUUCUUUUCAGUCUCUCUAAAUUUAGCCUCAGAGAGAAACGGGGAGCGGAGCGGGGUCAGCAGAUGACUGAGCUCCUCUCCUUUGGAGUAAUCGUACCUGCUGUCUGCUCCUCUUUGUUCCCGCUGAAGUUGAAAAACGGUCUGCACACAUUUCUCCGACUGGUAAUAAUUACUGUGAGCUUUUCUAAAAGUAGGAUUUGUGAAGCCGAGGCACGCUUGGCGAACAAAACGCUGAAAAUGUGUCAGUGAUCAUUACAGUGUAAGAAAGCUUUGUUCUCCACAGAGCCGUCUUUGUUCUCCUGGAUCCGUACCAUCACAGGCCAUAUGCUGAUAUGUCUGCAUAUACGGAUCUUUAACGCCAAGAAACACCGACGCCCACGCACCGAGGUACAGGAGCUAAAAUAGACUGAUGGAGGAGAGAAGAAGAAGAUGUUCAGGUUCGAUUCAGAGCGAGGACUGAAGGUCAGGAGAUCCUCCUAAAGACCGGACUGUUUCAGGGUCUGAGGGUUUGACUGGUUUAGAAGAUUUACAGGUCGGAGGGGCGGUCCUGCCUCAAGUGGAGGAGUUCAAGUAUCUCAGGAUCUUGUUCAUGAGUGAGGGUAGGAUCGGAGCGGCGUCAGCAGUGAUGCGGACGCUUAACCGAGACUCUGGAUUUACCGGUCGAUCUACGUGCCGAUCCUCACCUAUGGUCAUGAACUUUGGGUAAUGACAGAGAGAACAAGAUCGCAGAUACAAGCGGCUGAAAUGGGUUUCCUCCUCAGGGUGUCCGGGCUCAGCCUUAGAGAUAGGGGAAGGAGCUCGGACACUCGGGAGGCGCUCAGAGGAGAACCGCUGCUCCUCCACGUGGAGAGGAGUCAGCUGAGGUGGACUUCUGGACGCCUCCCGUUAGAGGUGUUCUAGACAUGUCCCACCGGGAGGAGACCUCGUGGCCGGCCCAGGACCAGGUGGAGGGAUUAGAUCUCUCGCCUGGUCUGGGAGCGCCUGGGAAUCCCCCCAAAGGAGGAGCUGGUGGAGCUGCUGCCCCCGCAACCCGGACCCGGAUGAAGCGUAAGAAAACGACGACGACGGCGAAAAGAUUUCACCUUAAAAUAACAGAAAUAAUCAGAUCACUGCAGUCGGCCAAUCAGCAGCUCUGACACUGAUUUCCUUCUUUACUGAAACGUUUUAACAGUAAAUUACUGUUUUUAUUUUAUGGGUUUGUUGUUUUAGCACCAGAACACUUAAACCCAGUUCUGGUUCUGACUGUGAAAAUGUUUUUAUAGUUCUUACAGUUUGAGGUUUAAGGACGUUUAUUUUAGAGUAUUUUGACAGUAAAAAGCUGUAAUUUUCUUCUCUAAUUAAAGUUUAUUUGCGACUUCUGUCAAAGCUGUAAGUUUACGACCUGUUCACUUUUACGACCUUCUCUUAUCGUCACGCUGAACUUGUUCCAGAAACACCGACGUCGACGUGAAAAAACGAAUUUAGCCAAAAGAGGAAACUCAGACGCUGACAGUGACAGUUUCUCCGUCGAUGGCUCGUCUGUAAAAUCGGACCUCCUGCUGUGACUUCCUGAAGAGCGUGAGAAAGAGAAGAAAGAUGAGGCAGACAUGAUUAUUGGAGCAGAGGUGUCUCCUCGCCGAGCUGUCAGCGGGGCGAGGGAGACGGGUGGAGAGAGAAAGGAGAGCGCUGUAACUGAUAAUGAUGGCGUCUCGAACCUCCUCUGCAGCCCGCGGCGGGACAAUCGGAGUUAUAAUGAGGCUCGUGUUUGUUCGCUGUCUCCCAGUGUCGACUCAAAAACAGCUGUUUAUUUUCUCCUCACCUCACCUCCUCUCUCCUGGCUUCUUCUCUCUCUCUUCUCACACUUUCUCUCCCGAUCACAAACACUCUUCCUCUCCACGAUGUUUUCCUGUCGUCUUUCUUUAACGCCUCUCUCCGUCUUCGGUCCUUUAGCGCUGACCUUACUUUCCUUCCUCUCCCCUCGUUCCUGCAGAUAAUGAUCCCUAAUUGUUCCCUGAGUGUCUCUGCUGGUGCAUGAAACUGUCUGAACUCCAUGAAUAACACAAAAUAAACAUGAGAGCAUCCCCACGGAGCGAGUGUUUGGCUGAAAAGACUCGAAUUUACCAAAACAGGAGGCUGGGUCUCAGUGAGUCCUCCUCACAGGAGGAGAGUUCAUCCAUCAGCUCUACUACAGACUGAGCUCAGUGUCCGUGCAGGUAGAUGUCACAGAAGUCUACACACAGGAGGUUCAACUCUGUUUCAUAGAUCCUCAUAUUCCAGAUUUUACGGUAAUGAUGAGGUUUAGAGAAACUUGGAAGAGGACUCAGGUAGUCGGUACUUGACUCAGACUGGACUCCAGGUUUUAGUGCUGUCACACUCAGUUAGGACUGGGCGAUUAUAUGAUCAUGAUAAAUUUCACAUCACAACAGCCAAUCAGAGUCGAGCUUUUCCUGCUAAUAAUCGAAAUCAGACGAUACAACAAAAUAUAUCGUGAUCAAUUUUUUGCCAAAUCGCCCAGGCCUACACUCAGUACGUUUCCAUGACACUCAAAAAAACUGAAUUAUCGUCUUAUUCCGAUAAAGACCGGACAACUGAAGGUCAUGUAAACACCUUAGUCCGACUAAAUCAGAGUCGGAGAACUCAGAUUAAGACACCCAGAUAAUAAUAAUAAUAAUACUAAUGCAUCAGAUUUCAUAUAGCGCUUUAUCAGAGACCCUCAAAGCGCUUUACAUUGGAUAGAUACAUCAUUCAUUCACUCACACAGUCACACUUUGGUGGUGGUAAACUACCUCAGACUGGAAUUUGAUUUUCUCUACCAUGUAACCAGCGUAGUCGGAGUAUGACGCCACGCCCCCGUAACCCCGUAACAAACCCCCAGAGUAGAGGAGUAGCGUUGGUCUCCUCUUUAGAAAAAGUAGCGCGUCCAUCAUGUCGGACAAAAACAACGCUGUACGAUGCUCCAUCUUCUUGUUUCUCCAAAAUGCCCAGCAGCAGUUGUAGACACUUCUGACCUCUGACACCGACCUGCUGAAAAGACCCAUAUCGCCCCCUAGUGUUGGGGAGGAGGACGCGUUCACGUCAAUAAUUUUGAUUUUCUCAGCUGCAUGUAAACGAGGACAAGGAGAGAAGUCUGAAUUAUGAUCUUAGUCAGAUUAAACUGUAAAUGUAAACACACUGAGUGACACCAGAACAGUUCAGUCUGGUCCAGAACAGAACCCCGGUCCAUCUCCUCUGUUAGUCUGGUGUGAAAGUCUAAACUCUGUCAUGGUCCUAUAGGGGGUCUCAGUCUGAGAUGGAAGUCUGGACCAGCUCAGAAACUCGACAACCAGACCGGGUUUGAGUCCAGUUUGGCUUUAGUGUAACUCCUACAGAGAUACUGACCCGUGACGCUCCCACCGAUCAGAGGACGGCAGGAAGUGGGUCAAACUCUCAUGGUGGGUAAACGACUUUCUAAAGGUCUGAUCCUGAACCCUCACAGACCCAGUUCUGCGGCCCGGUCUGGUCCACUCUGACAGGAUUAGUCCAAACUCGUCUCAUACUGUCCUCCCGUCAGCUGUAAACACGUCUGUUCAUGAUCCUCACGUCUCUGAGAGAAGGUUACUGUGAGGAUAAUGAAGUGUGAGCACUGAGCGCGCUCCACGGCGCUCUGAUUUCAUGUGAUUUCACUGACGGAUGCUGACAAACAGAGACGGUCUACAUCCUGCUGCAGAGCGGUUGGAGUGUUUAACGAGUUCUGAUGAUGGAAACCUUCGCUCAGAUUCACCGUCAACAACAACAGGAACAGGAGGAGAGCUCGUACCUGGAAGGUUCCUGUCAGCAGCAGCGUGGCGGCGAACGUUCGCCUCAGGGGUUACAGCGUUCGCCGUUAGUCUGACUCUCUCUCCCAGCUGCUCGCUCGCUCUCUCUCUCGCUCGGCCUCCUCUCUGAUAUUUCUGGAAGAACAUGUCUGACUGAACGGCGCUCUGACAGUCAGCGGACUCACGGUCGGGCGCUCUCACACACAUCUGGUCACACAGGUGUGUUUAAUGAGUGCGCUGAUUACUUAACCCGGGUUAACUCAGCGCCGCACGCCGCAGCCUCGCCGACCCCGAGAGGUGAGGCAGACGAGCUGUUCACGUACGAGCAGACAGCAGCGCUCUGUGAUUGACCUCCUCUCACCUCCUCUCACCUCCUCUUUCUCCUCCUCAUUGAUUAAACAGACUUAAACCUCCUGAGUUCAAACAGGUGUCUCACCUACAGCUGAUUUUAAGACACGGGUGAGAGAGAGAGAGAGAGAGAGGGAGAGAGAGAGAGAGAGAGAGAGAGAGGGAGAGAGAGAGAGAGAGAGAGAGAGAGAGAGAGAGAGAGAGAGAGAGAGAGAGAGAGAGAGAGAGAGAGAGAGAAGAGAGAAGAGAGAGAGGGAGAGGGAGAGGGAGAGAGAGAGAGAGGGAGAGAGAGAGGGAGAGGGAGAGGGAGAGAGAGAGAGGGAGAGGGAGAGAGAGAGGGAGAGAGAGAGAGAGAGAGAGAGAGAGAGAGAGAGAGAGAGAGAGAGAGAGAGAGAGAGAGAGAGAGAGAGAGAGAGAGAGACAGAGAGAGAGAGAGAGAGAGAGAGAGAGAGAGAGAGAGAGAGAGAGAGAGAGAGAGAGAGAGAGAGAAAGAGAGAGAGAGGGAGAGGGAGAGAGAGAAAGAGAGGGAGAGAGAGAGGGAGAGAGAGAAAGAGAGAGAAAGAGAGAGGAGAGAAGAGAGAGAGAAAGAGAGAGAGAGGGAGAGGGAGAGAGAGAAAGAGAGGGAGAGAGAGGGAGAGAGAGAGAGAGAGAGAGAGAGAGAGAGAGAGAGAGAGAGAGAGAGAGGACACCUGUCUGUGAGGGUCACAGGAAGUCAGGAGGAGGAAGUUCACCAGCAUUAGUGUGUGUGUGUGUGUGUGUGUGUGUGUGUGUGUUUAAGUGUGUGUUUAUAUGUGUUUAUGUAUGUGUUUGUUGUAGUCAGUCAGGUUGUUUCUUCAGUUCUCGUUCUGCAGACUCAGACUCAGUCCUUCACUUUUCUCUGACUCUGUUUUGUCUGUUUCUCGUCUCUCUCCUUCUCUCUCUCUCUCUCUCUAUCUCUCUUUCCCCUCUCCUCUAAUUACAUCUCUUCAUUUCUUCUCUCUCUCUCUCUCUCUCUUUCUGUCUUAUUUUCUUUUUUUCCGGGGUGCUCUCGUUUCUAUUUUCUCUCUCUCCCUGCAGGUUUCUUCUUCUUUUUUAUUUUUUGGAUGAUUAAAGUCGUCAGGUUGAGUCUCUGACAGGCGUCUUUAUCUUCCUGACACUCUCUCCAUCACCUCUCUCUCUCUCUCUCUCUCUCUCUCUCUGUUGUUGUUUUUUUUACUCCUGUCUUGUUCUCAGAGAUGAUUCAUCCUUUCAGGACGGACACUCUUGACCUCGGAUCAUUCUCUCCUUUUCUCUCUCUCUUUCUUUGACUCUCGCUCUUUCUUUGUGUCGGAGACUUAAGAAGAGGAAAUGAAGUGUUUCAUGAGUUAAUCCAUCACAGCUCGUCUUUUAUCUCGCUCAUUUAUCAGCUCCUCUCUCUUUGAUUCUCAUGUCCCUGUUUGCCCUCUUUUUCCUCUUCCUUUAGUCCUCUCACAUCUCCUCCUCCUCCUCCUCCUCCUCUCUUAAUAAUAAUAAUUUGAUGAAGGUUUAACUCUCUCCUCUCACACUCGCCCUCAUAAACACCUGCUUUAGUCUAACCUGAGAUCCUUCUGCUCUCCAUCCUGAUACGUUCGUACGAUGAAGAAACCAAACAUCGAGAAAUGAGGCCAACGUAGGAGAGCUGCAGUUCCUCCAGUGUCCACUCGAGGCAGGCUGCUACAGCCGAGCGAACAGCUCUUUAAGAGUCUUGAUUUAUUUACUAUUAAACAGGACUGGUCAGGAGACGGUUUUAGUCUUUACAGCUCAAACAAAGACCUCCAUAACCCCGCCCCUCCAAACCUCGCCAACUUCACCCCCCCACUGGAUUCUGCUGAAACGCCAACGUCUGUAUUCAGAUAUAUGACGCGUCUGUUUUUAAUGAACUCGAUGAUGUAUUAAGAUGAGAUAAGAAACUUGAACUCGAAUUCAUCAGAGGAAGUUCAGGAGUUUGGCGUCACCGUGGAAACAUGUCUGAGUCAUGAACAUCACGCUGAGGGAUCACCUGCUGGUUUGGACCUCCAUGAGCGUUCACACAGGAAACAUAAGGAGACGUGACGACGUCAAAUAUGUCUUUUGGACUGAGCCUGUUAUAAACUCUGAGUUUUACUAUAGACUGUAUAUAGAGUAUAUAGAGUACAUAGAGUACAUAGAGUACAUAGAGUACAUAGAGUACAUAGAGUAUAUAGAGUACAUAGAGUACAUAGAGUAUAUAGAGUACAUAGAGUACAUAGAGUACAUAGAGUAUAUAGAGUACAUAGAGUAUAUAGAGUAUAUAGAGUACAUAGAGUACAUAGAGUACAUAGAGUAUAUAGAGUACAUAGAGUACAUAGAGUACAUAGAGUAUAUAGAGUACAUAGAGUACAUAGAGUAUAUAGAGUACAUAGAGUAUAUAGAGUACAUAGAGUACAUAGAGUAUAUAGAGUAUAUAGAGUAUAUAGAUUACACAGAGUACAUAGAGUAUAUAGAGUAUAUGUAGUGUUUACAGUCUACGGUUCAAACCCGCUGAGGUCUCCAGACUCUCCCGUAAAGAGGACUGUCGGUCUGAUGGUGGAACAAUCAGAAAAUCCUCUUAUGGUCCUCGGAGCUCUAAGAUCAUCACGUUUACCUCCUCAGACUCAGAUCUGCUGCUCUUCAGUCUGAUCUGCUUACAAGUCCAAACAAUAUCAAGACCAGCAGCCGUUACAUAAACGGAUCUGUCGUCCUCCUCCUUCUCCGCUCUGAUGUGGCGUGAUAAUUGUGUAAUCUGCGGGUCACUGUGACACUGUGAGAGGACGGGGAGCGACCUGCUCUCUGCUAGUUUCUGCUUCUCUGAAAUCUCCUCAUCACCUCCUCUUCUCUCUCUCUCCUUUCUUCUUCUUCUCCUCCGUCUCUCUCUCUCUCUCACUCGCUCCUUUUUCGCCGGCAGCGUGGCAGUGUCCUACUUUAGCUGUGCAGAAGGUUUGUCAGCAUCACCCCCCCCCCAAUGAAACAAAGAUAAUGUGGAGAGAGAGCGUCGGAGCGCGGGGCGUCUACUGCACACGCUCAGAGAGAGCUCUGUAAACUGCUGUCAUACAUGCUCAGACGUGACCACAUACAGUCUGAGAGAGAGAGAGAGAGAGAGAGAGAGAGAGAGAGAGAGAGAGAGAGAGAGAGAGAGAGAGAGAGAGAGAGAGUGCUGCAGAGGCACGGAACAAGGCUGCACCCCCGCCCACAUACACAUACACAACACAUAUGCACACACAUAUACACACACACAUAUACACACACAUAUGUACACAGCUCUGCUGUCAUCCCUGCACCACUGCAGCUUCACCUCCUGUUACAGUGAGUUUGGAGAAAAGAACACCUGAUGCUUGAGGCUGAUCAGCGUUCAUGAUAAUGAUAUAAUAUAAAUAUAUUAUAUAUAAAUAUUCUAUUUAUAUAUAAAAUAAUAUUAUGUCUAUAUAUGAUACAAUUACUCUGUAUAUAUAAAAUAAUACAAUAUUAAUAUAUGUUAUAAAUGUUCUUUAUAUAUAUUUGAAAUAACAUUAUAUAUAUGAUAUAAAUAUUUUGUAUAAAUGAAAUAAUAACAACAAUAAUAAUAAUAGUAUAUAUAUAUGAUAAAACUAUUAUAUCUAUAUAAUAUAAUAUGAUAUAAUACAAUAACAACAGUUAUAAUAAUAAAAAAAAAAAUAAUAUAUGAUAUAAAUUUUAUAUAUAUAUAUAAUAUAAUAUAAUACAGUAUAAUUUAUUAUUUUAUUUAAUAUAAUAAUGUGUAAUAUAAUAUAAUAUAAUAUAAUAUACAAAUAUAAUAUAUUAUACAAAUAUUAUAUCUUUAUCACAUAAUAUUAGUAUUUACCUUCCUGAUGAACUCAUUUUACUACAAUAAGACAACAGAGUGAAUUUGAUAUAAAUGGGUUAAAUUGAACAGUCCUCAAGUGUCUGUGUGUGUAACAGAGAGAGGUCUCAGCUGACCAAUGAUAUCAUCUGUUAGUCUCCCUCUCUCUCUCUCUCUCUCUCUCUCUAUCAGUAUAUAUAAUCUGGUCCUGUCAGGACGUCAGCGGUCGGCCUGCAGGCUGAGACACGUUCAUCAGAGCUGCAGACGCUCUGAUCUGUUCUUAUGAACCGUGACUCACUGCCUGGACUCACUUUGACUCAGAGUUAAUAAAGUGAAUCAAUAUACAGUGGGAAUGUAAGGUAGAGUACCAGAGCUGGUUAGUCAGUCAGAGACAAAGACGCUGUUUUUCUCCGACACUGAGUCAUUUCACUUCCAGUCAAGAAAGACUUUGAUUCUCUGUGGUCGUCAUUACUCUGCCCACUGAUACACUGAGAGUCUCCGAUCACUUCAUAUGAGAGGAUCCAACAGCAGAACGAAACUCUGACAUACUCACUCUGAUUCUGACGGGCGGGGAAAAUAUAAAUAUAAUCAAACAAAAACAUACGUCAAAUAAAAAAGUGCAUCAAACCAGAAACAUGAACUUCAUAAAGACACACGUGUGUAACAGUGCAGCCAUGCUGCAAACAAACCAGGACUGAGAGGACGAUAUUAGAGUAAUGAUGGAUGAGGGGCGUAAGAUGCAAAAACCAGAAUCAAGUGUUAACAUGCUAAAGGUAAACAUGAGUGUAAACUUGACUGUAAAGAUCACAUGAGUGUAAAGGUGCACGUUUGCCGAGGGCUUGUUCAUUUGCAGAGCUGGUGUGAUUGCAUACAGCUCUGCUGCAGGACAUUUGCAUAAACAGACAUUUUUAUUCAUGCACUGUUGCACAGGGAGAGCACACACACACACACACACACACACACACACACACACACACACACGACCUUUAAAUGAAUCAGAUACAGAAAUAUCCGAUCAGGUAGUUUUUCGGUGGACCUGAGGUUCUCACGUCUCAGAGUCAGGGUCAGUUUUUUUCUUCUUCUGUUUCAGAAACACUAAAAAGUUUUAUUCUCAUAUUUUUAUUUGAGUGUUUCUGAGUUUCACUGCAGAGUAAAAGAGUGAAACUCAGAGAGGAGCUUUUCUCCACAGUCAGGUUUUAAAUAUUUGAUAUCAGGAACGAUGUUUGGGUCUGUGUGCCCCUCCAGGGGAACCUCGGGGUUCAGUAGUAGGUUUCUGUCCCGUUUGGAGACUCAGAGUAGAAGAGCUUCACCUCAUUGUUUGAAGUCAGAAGAAGAAAUAUGGAGCAGAGCUCCUGGUUUCAUCCUCUCAACACAUCAACAGAAACUGAACCAGAGGAGAUGUUCAGAUCCUGGUCUGGACUUCAGAUCCAGACUGACAGUCGGAUCAUCAGCUGUGAGCGAAGGUCUCAUUCAGAGUCUGAGAAACUACGAGACUGAAGACGAUCAGGAAACAGACCAUCUUUAUCAAUAAACCAGGGAGUAACUGAGUCUGUGCUCCUCUCUCCUCCCUCCUCACCUCCUCCACCCUCACCUCCUCCUCCACCCUCACCUCCUCCCUCCUCACCUCCUCCAUCCUCACCUCCUCUACCCUCAUCUCCUCCAUCCUCACCUCCCUCUAUUUACCAUCAGACUUUUUGUUGACUUGGCAAAGACGUGACAUCUGUUUACGUCUCUCUACGGCGAGUUCUGCUCACUAAAGCUAAUGUGCUUAUGAUUCUGGGGGGGGGGGGGGGGGGUUACUGCUCCUCGUAGAGCGCUCGCCGCCGCCACUUCUGCCGAGAUAUGACUGUAUAGACAUCUGCAAUCAGCGCUCAAAGCCUCCACAAAUGUCAUCAUCAGACUGAAGUGGGAAUGAGGAGACGGGCGACUUCAGGGCAGACGAGAAAUAAUGGAGAAUGGAUAAUGGAGAGUCAGAGGAUAAAAACAGACGACAGGGAGAGAGAGAGAGAGAGAGAGAGAGAGAGAGAGAGAGAGAGAGCGAGAGUCAGAGCGAUGAGACCUGAGGAGAGCAGGCGGGUAUGAGGUUUGAGACUGCUACUAUAAAAACAGGCGGUCAAAAACAGACAAUAAAAAAAACAAACUUUUUUACAUCAGAUUUGUCCGGUUCAGAGAUGGUUAAACGAGCGAUCAGAGAAAUGGGAGGGGUUAUCAGAGGUCAGAGGUCACAGCUCCUUGGUUUGUUUUGGCCUGUUUCUCAGGUUACCAUGACGAGACGCCGCGGCGAGAUCUGACACAAACAAAAUCUUCAGGUUUUAAAAAAAAAUCAAUAAAUAAAAAUAAAAAAUCUCAUUUUCAGAUCAAAACAGUCGACCUCUGUCUCUCUCUCUCUCUCUCUCUCUCUCUCUCUCUCUCUGUCCUUCUCCUCCGUCUUUAACGCGGCGCUCUACCUUCAGGCUCGCCCACAGAGUUACCAAACAUCGGCGGAUGUAAUUAGGUGUGGAGAAUAUUUAUGACUCACACAGAAACAGUCGGGAGCGAACGCCGGCGAACGCCAGGAAACACAAACACGAGUCUUUAGUCGUUUAAUAUUCCGGGGGAAGACGAGUUCAUGGGGUGUAACAUCCACGAGUAACCUCGUUAUGUACGUCCCAAUGAGCCGCCGCGUCACUCCGGCGCCAAGUGAGCCACGAAACAAAAAGUCUGUUUUUAAAAUCUAUUCCCGUCUCAAGUCUUCAUCCUGGUUCUGGUUCUGGGGACUGGGAGUCUGUCCCGGUGUGCAGAGGAGAAGGUGAGCAGCAGAGGGACGAGUGUUCAGGUUAUCAGAGCGAAGAGAAACUUUUCAAAACAUUAAAAACACAGAAACACUGAAGUGAAGACGGCAGGAGAGCUGAACCAUCUCUGUGUCUUUAAAAUCAUGUCUGAAGAUCUGAGAAGUUAAAAAAAACUGAGCUGUUGAGGCAGAUUUGAAAAACGCGUCCCACCCCCUACAAACAAACCCCUCCCCUCUGUGCUCCACCAUAACUCCGCCCCCUGAACCUGUAUCGCCCUCCCCACGACACGCCCCCUCUGGCAGAAGAUCCUACGCUAGCUUCAAACAGGAUCCAUCAUGUCGGAUUGUUAGUGACUAGCGGCAGUAAACGCCAGCUCUGACAGCGAGCGCCGUCUGCAGCUACCGUGUUGACAUGUCAGAGACUAAUCAGAGUUAUUUAUGUAACAUGAGCCACGAUAAAAACUCUGCUGUCACAUGUCCUCUUUGACUCCGCCCCUUUCAUCACAGCUCCUGUCGCUAAGCUGCUACGCUACUUUUAGCCGCUCAGAGGUCCGAGGAGGGCCGGGAGAGUGGGAGGGGACGAGUCGGAACUACGGGAGAGGGGUGUGUCCAAUACAGCGAGGUGAUUGGAUGGAGAGACGGAGCAGGAGAUUGACCAAUAGGAGCUGUCUGGGAAGCAAUUAUUUUUUGUAGGAUGUUGGGGGAAGGUCCCGCCCUCCUUCGCCUCUGAUUGGCUAGAAGUGCUGGGCUCUGAUUGGUUGUUCCUUAUGGCUGUGAAACAUCAUCGUCUGUCGGGUUCGGAGAUUCAGAAUUGUGAUAAUUUUCUGUUGGAUGUUCAGAGUCGACAGCCCAUGUUUGGCUUAAGUGUGUGAUGACGUUUCCAGCUUUUUUAGCCAAUCAGAAACGAAGGAGGCGGGACUAUCUUUUUUCUCUUCACUUUGUGGCACUAUAGGACCAUGAUCGCCAUGGAAACGAGGAUCAUAAUAAUUAACAAUCUCUACAAUCAUCAACCAUGACUUUAAAAGAGAUCUGGAUCUGAUCGUGGGGCCGCUCAUUUCUGCUGAUUCAUCAUUUUCCGACUUUCAUCACCUAAUGCAACCGCUACACACACACACACACACACACACACACACACACACACAGACACACACACACACACACACACACACACACACACACACACACACAGACCCGUGUCUCCCGCAGAGCGCUGAGGAGCGCUCUCACUCUGCUCCUUCCUGCAGAAUCAUAUCUCCAUCUGACCCUCCUCUAUCUCUCUUAUUUUUUAUUCAUCCUGCUCGUCUGUGAUCAGGACGUGUCGGCGCCUCCCGCUCUGACAGAUUUGAGCCGUGACAGCGAGCGUAGAGACCAGAGGAGAACUGAUGAGCAUAGAUAGUGGCAAAUAGAUUCUGCUUUCAUCCAGAGUGGGGCUUCACUGACGGCCUGUAUGUGUGUGUGAGGGAAUGUUCAAUCUGCACUGAAGACAUGUGUUUAUGUGUGUGUGUGUGUGUGUGUGUGUGUGUGUGUGUGUGUGUGUGUGCGUGCGUGUGUGUGUGUGUGUGCGUGUGUGUGUGUGUGUGUGAUAUGUGAUUCUGAGUGUUAGUCAGAGUUCAUGUUAGCAAACAUGAAUCUAUUACAGUCUCUGAAAUGGAAAACCUCCAGGACAUUCUGGCUGCAGGAAAAUCAAUCGACUCGAUCAGCUGUAAGCGAGAGUAAAUGAUGAGGCACCAGGACACACACACAACACACAAACACACAACAAACCGCACAUUUUGGAUCAAGCAUUAUCACCUCGACUGGACCUGAAGAAAAAUCAGAGUCUUUAUUCAACCGGGGAGAAAAAGGGGAACACUGACAGAGAUCCUGUCCUCAUCCUCGUCAUCACACACAGGGAAUUAUUGACGUGAACGUGUCCUCCUCCCCAACACUAGGGGGCGAUAUGGGUCUUUUCAGCAGGUCGGUGUCAGACGUCAGAAGUGUCUACAACUGCUGCUGGGCAUUUUGGAGAAACAAGAAGAUGGAGCAUCGUACAGCGUUGUUUUUGUCCGACAUGAUGGACACGCUACUUUUUCUAAAGAGGAGACCAACGCUACUCCUCUACUCUGGGGGCGUGGGAUACUACCCUGAGAUACUACUGAGUGUCAAGGUUUCCAUGGCAACACACAGUGUCCAGACAAGUCAUGUUACAGAGAUCAGAUCAUUUGUGCACAAAGAAACAUCCGACAUCAGCCAACGGAUGUUAAAACCACGCAGAGAAGAUGUGUGAGUCGGCUCGUUUGAGGUCAUGUGACGCUGACAUGUCUGUAACAUGAGUCUAAAGUCAUCGACGGCGUUUUAUUAUCAUGUCGUUCUAACAGUGAAGAGUCUGAAACCACAAACAGGAUCAUCUUGAGGAUGAGUUCAGGUCCAGAUGAGGAAAGUCUGAGUUCACUUACAGACUCAGGUGUUCAGAGGAGACGUUCAUUAAAAACCACUGGAGCCAAAAUGACUCUUAAAGACUGUAAUUCUUUAAUCACUUCAAACAUGAUUGUUGAUAACGACCUCUGAGAAGACUCGACUCAGUUUAGUCUCAUAAAAUAAAAAGUGAAGAGGAUGACAGUAAAGACCUGUUGGUGAAGAUCUCUCUCUCUCUCUCUCUCUCUCUCUCUCUCUCUCUCUCUCUCUCUCUCUCUCUCUGAAAGUUCACUGACCUCAAUCACUGAGUUAUCUGCUCCACGCUUCAGAGUUCACAUCACCAAAUCCUGUUUUCCCCGGGCCUGUGGGUGAGUGGGGUCAGAGGACAAAAAUGAAAAAGAGACUCACUCUGCUCCUCUCUCCUCUUCCUCUCUCCUCCUGUCUCCUCCUCUCUCUCCUCCUCUCUGCUCCCACAUCCUGUCCCACUGUUGACCAGAGUUAAAUCGUUUCUUCCACGUGGUUAUCGUUGCUGCUCUUCGCUCUCUACCUGAAACUCUCUGACCGUGGCGGCGUGCCCUCACAGGCCCCGCCCUCAUGGUUAAAGCAGACUCUACGCUCACUCAGCACUGAAUAGAAUGUGCAGCAGUAGCGGCGGCGGCGGUGACCGUGGCGGUCAGAGCGAGGGCUUAGGUGUUUUGCUCUAUUUAGCCCCGGACCUGGCGGCUCUUUUCUGUCACGCUCUGUCGCGUCACUUCUUCUUCCUGUGAGGCGUCCAGAAAAUAGAUAUGAUGUCAUGCAUGAACAGCUGCAGAUGACGGCGUCCAGGAUUCACACAGACACGGACGCAAAGAGGAGAGGAAGGAGGUCAGGCAGGACAAACGGACGGAGGAGAGGAGGAGAAGAGAGGAGAGGAGGAGAGGAGAGGAGGAGAGGAGAGGAGGAGAGGAGAGGAGGAGAUCUUCUGCAGGCUGGAGAUGAAUAAUAGAUCAAACCUCUCUCUCUCUCUCUCUCUCUCUCUCUCUCUCUCUCUCUCUCCCUCCCUCCCUCCCUCCCUCCCUCCCUCUCUCUCUCCCUCUCUCUCUCUCUCUCUCUCUCUCUCUCUCUCUCUCUCUCUCUCUCUCCCUCGUUUUCUCUCUCCUCGCUCUAAAAGUCACAGACUGGAUCUUUAUAGUAACACCGAACAUCUGAGCUGAUCUGUGUCUGAGGAAAAAAAACACCAUCAAAGAUCAUUCAGCACCUCCUCGCCUCAGCCCUCCCUCUCCUUCUCUUCCUCCUCCUCAUUUAUUUAUUCAUACCUCCCUCCGUUUGUCUGAGCGACCCGAGAAACGAUCGCCGCUCAGGACGGAGAAACAUUCACUCGCAGGUAAACGCAGGUGUUCGCUCAGAAACACUGAAACGUAUCUGUGAGCACCUGUCAGGAGAGAGCGAGGAACACGGAGUUCAGCAGAGCUUAACAAACAGCUGACACACACACACACACACACACACGCACACACACACACACACACACACACACACACACACACACACACACACACACACACACACACACACACACACACACACACACACACACACACACGUGCAGCAGCUCUCUGAAGACUCUCAUCUGUCGGCAGUUUUGUUUGUGUCAUCUCUGAGCUCGGUGUGAAGUGGAGAGGAAAGAGUCCAAACCUCUCAGCACAGAACCGCUGGUCCUCCUGGGAGCGGGCCGGGACACAGGGAGAGGUUCUGAUGGACAGAGAGAGAGAGAGAGAGAGAGAGAGAGAGAGAGAGAGGAGGAGCUGAGAGACAGACAGAGGAGGAGGAUCAGGACGGAGACGGAGCGAGGAGAGUUUGAUCCGUUUGUUUGUGAUGAGCAGUUUCAGUCAGAGUCACACACACACACACACACACACACACACACACACACACACACACACACACACACACACACACACACACACACACACACACACACUCACACACACACACCACAGGGUUGGUAAAGUUGGCGUGUGAAAGCGAUGCAGACGCUUGAUUGACAGCUCCUUGAAUUGACUUCUGUCAUGAACAUCACCGAGGGCGAGUUUGUGCAACAGCCAAUAGAUUUACGGCGUUAGAAACAGGCCGCAGAAUCACACGCCGCAGAAUCACACGCCGAGCCAAUUUCAGAGACUGAGGCGACAAAGAAAAUCAAACAUGAACCUAAAAAAAACCAGAAAAUGAAAUGAGCAAAAACGACAACGCCGCCGCCGUGGUCAGGACACAGGAAAGAAACGUCCAAAAUGACCUCCAAUUACAUCUGCCUCGUAUGAUAGAGGCGGAGCCACAGCUGAGUCCUCCGAGAUCAGCUCGCUGUUGGCGGUACGAUUCCAGGUCGCUGCACACUGAGCCGGGUUUUUACAGAUGAUAGAGUGGAGACUGAGAUUACAGAGUCGACCAUGAUAAUGGACUGAGAUUAUAGAGCAGACUAAGAUUUGAGAUUACAGAGUGGACUGAGAUUACAGAGUGGACUAUGAUAACGGACUAAGAUUACAGAGCGUACUUAGAUUAAAGAGUGUACUGAGAUAACAGAGUGGUCUGAGAUUACAUAGUUGACCAUGAUAACGGACUGAGAUUAUAGAGCGGACUAUGAUAACAGACUAAAAUUACAGAGUGGACUGAGAUUACAGAGCGGCCUAAGAUUACACAGUGGACUGAAAUUAUAGAUCGGACUUAGAUUACAGAGUGGAUUGAACUAACAGAGUGGACAAAGAUUACAGAGUGGGCUGAGAUUACAGAGUGGACAGAUUACAGAGUGGACUAUGAUAAUGGACUGAGAUAACAGAGUAGUGUUAGAUCACUGAGUAGACUAAGAUUACAGAGCGGACUGAGAUUACAGAGUUGAUUCAACCUCAGAUGUGUUUAAAGAGUCAGGAUUACUGAGAACUUCCUGCUCCUCUAACUCCUCCCACUGCUGGUGUCAGACAUCUAACCUCUGAGACGAUCAGCCGUCUCCUCUUCCUCGCUGUAAUCUACGGUGAAUUACUGUAAACUCACUGUCCCUCAUUUGAACCCCCUCCAUCGUCUCUUAGUAACCCUCCUGUUGGGUCUUCCCUCCGUCCCUGAGGUCCGUCUUUCUGCAGACAGAGUAAUGACGGGUAAAUGAGUUGUUGACAGCCAGACUCCUCAGCUCCUGCCAAGAUCAUCAUUCAGGUUCUGGCAGCUGCUGCAUCAAACUUCAACAUCCAUUUAAGUCAUUUCCUCUAAUGAGACCGUCUCACCUCAUCACCUGACAGUCCAGAUCCACUAAGAGAGUCCUUAGGUUUAGAUCCACGGGGUCAUCCUUCCUUCCUUCCUUCCAUCCUUCCUUCCUUCCUUCCUUCCUUCCUCUCUUUGUUUUGAAGUCACAUUGUUCAGGACACAUUUGUGUUUCCUUACGUGAGUCAAAGUAACAGCAAAACACCGGGAUGUCGAGCCUGCUGCGCUGUGUGCUGAAAAAAAGGAUUUACUGCCUCGAAAGGAAGUGAGGGAGUAACCUCAGAGAGUCGACCGACCACGGCGUCCAAAGAGCUGGACUUUUAGAGACUAGUGGACCCCGAAGACCAGUUCCUGGAGACCUUACCCCCAAUUUUCACGGCAUUCCGAUCUGUGCUGAAUUUAUCCGCCAUGCUCCGGCGUCCAGAAAAAAUAGAACUCUUGUGAUCAGUUGAGGAGUCCGGCGAUCCGCAGAGGAACAGAAAGAAGUCGGUGUAAAUUGACACGUUAACUUGAAUGGUUACGAUCAGCUACGAUCGGAGGAUACGACCUUUUGGGAGACAUCCCGGAUGCGGCGGAAUUUGAGGGUUAGUGGACCCUCUACUCUUUAAAUCUUUACCUGUUGAAAGGACAACUGGACUUACUUGAGACAUUUCACCUAAGGCGAAACGUCUCAAGUAAGUCCAGUUGUCCUUUCAAUGCGUUGAUUCCCGCUCCAGAGUCCUGUCUGUUUUUAAUCCCCUGAAGAUCAGGACCAUCCAGGUUUGGUUUUGGUCCCUGUCCCACUUUAUCACAUCGAUUUCUCCGUGUCUUCUCUUUUAGUCAAGGAUCAUUUUUCUCCGAUGACUCUCCACGGCUCCGAUAAAUCUCUACCUCUGGUUUUUCGACAGCAGGUCCUUGUCCAAUUGCAUAAUGAGCUGCUGCCUGAGUAAACUAGAGGCUAAUUACACACAGACUGUGAGCACAAAUUGAAUGAAAGGCGUGGUGGAAAUUAGCCCCGCACUUCCAUGCGCAUAAAUCCGCCUGUCUCCGCUUUGACAUGUCAGUUCGGCGGGUACGUGUAAUUCUUCGGAGACACAAUCGAGGCUGACAGCGUGAUGAGCAGCCGGCAGCACAGAGGGGUUUCAGUAAACAUGUCUACAUUUGGACCGAGGAUGGGCUCGGGUCCAAAAAAAAACGGUGUGGGUAAUGAAAGAGGGAUGGAUGAUUUCCAGAUCCAGCACCUGUCAGAGUCAGUGAUCGUUUGAUUGGGUCUGGAUUCAGGAGUUUCAUCAUCAUCAUCGUCGUUGUCGUCGGGGGGCUAAUGAAGCAGGAGAGAAGCUCUGAUUUGAUGUGAAUGCCAACAACAUCCUUUUCUGUUUGCAGCGGCUUAAUUAGGACUGCCUGCCUGUCAUGAGUGCGUCACCAUGGCAACAGCAGAGAUCAACAUGUGCACAUACACUGAGUGAUCCAGAUCUGGAUCUGGUACAGGAUGGUGCUGGAUGUGUGUUUAUUUUUAGGUGUGUGUUUGUGAGAGUUUGGUUCUUGGAUUAAUGAUUGAUCGUUUUUUAUUGAUGUCACUGAUCAGAAUCUAAAACAGGAGGGUUGUCUCUUAUUUAGGGGGUCAGGAACUGAACCUGGACUCCUGGAUUAUUUGUCUAAUUAUAAACUAUCAGAGUUGCAUCGGUGUUUUUCAGGAUCCUUGUGAAGAAAAUGACUUUUAAAAGUGACGUGAUAUCAGGUUUUUAGAUGAAGUUAGAUUUUGAUGUCAGUUCCUGAGUCUCUGAAGUAUCAGCUGAUCCUGCUGAUCAUCUCUGGAGGGGGGGGGGGUCUAACUCGGUGUUACGGUGUGUUUGACCCUAAAUUAAUUUUACACAGAAUAUCCCUUUAAUCAUCUUUAAAUGAAAAAACUUGGUUGAGAAGAAAAAAAAACACUCUUACUGCAGAUCUCAUGUGUGGUCAGGUUCUGGUUCUGGUUCUGGAGCGGAUCUGGUGCUCAGGUUUUCUCAGCUCUGGUCUUGUCCUGGUCCGCCUGCAGUGAGAGGUAAACAUGUGGAUUUAAAGAGUUUGGACUGAAUCCUAAAAUCUGACCUCUGCAGUCAGAGGACGAGGAUUUUCAGCUGCAGGUUUGUGUUUCAGUGAAAGUAGGACAGUCAGAAACCUGCAGCUCUGCUGGUCCCACCUGUUCACCUGUUCACCUCCUGGAUCUGAACCGAACCUGCUGCGUGACCUGCUGGAUCUCCCUCAGAUUACAGAUUACAGAUUACAGUCCUUUGAAGGAGUUUGUUUCCUCAGUUAUGACACCAUAAAAGUUUAAUGUGUGUAUCAGACUGAAACACACUCCUGUUCCUGGUCCAGCAGCAGCAGAGAAGAAGAAGAAGAAGAAGAACUCUCCUGUCCCACAUUUUCAUCCUCACACAUGGAUGGAUGUGAGUCACGCUAAUUCCCUCUGAGACAGGUGUUCUGCAUGUCCCACAUAUAAAGACCCUCAUUAUGUAAUCAUCUCCCUAAACACACACACACACACACACACACACACACACACACAGACACACACACACACGGACCUGCUGGGCCUCAUGCAUGUGAACCCUCUGGGUCCCACUAAGUGGAGCACCAAAUGAGAUCAGGUCUCACGGCGAGGAGAUAAGACCUCCCAAAGAGGACCACAGAGUCUGGAACAGUGGGACAGGUCCAGGUACGAGGAUCUGGACUGUGUGCAGACAGGAAACAAAGACGUCCCAUCAGCACCUUCAUCUGACUUUCAAAAUAAGAGAUUGAAAGUACCUUUAUUAUGUCUGGUCUUCAUCUUCAUGAACACGUCUGUAAGUUCAUGAUCUCUGUCGCUCUCCAUCAUCUCUGUAGUUCUGAGUUCUGGAGUCACAAACCUGAUCCAGUACCAGGUGGUUCGUUUCUACCUGAGGGUCCAUUAGAGGUCAAAGGAGAAGGUUCAGAUCCAGAGAGUUCAACAGAGAGCCACGUGAAGCGGGCCAGGGUGCUGCUGUCGUAAUUGGCUAAUUUCAGCCUUAGUUAAACAUGUUUAUAUUUUGCUCUUUGUUAUUAUAUUUUAUCUAUUGUAUUAUAUUUUUAUUUAUUUUACUAUAUUUUUACUCUUUUUACUCUUGGCUUGGAAACGGACCCAGGAUUAAACAUCAGGGAGUGUAAUCAUGUUAAUAUUCCAUUCACGUUUAAUUUUCUAAAGUUGUAAACAUAAAAUAAUACAAGGUCACUAAAUUGUCUGUUUGGGCCUCGUGGUUAAAAAUAACCGGCUCUUUUAUUCCCAUAAUUCCUGCCGACAGUCUGAACCUUUUAACCCGUUAACAAGCUCACUAAAUUAAAGUCUCGUUAGGAGGACCAAAGCAGAGCAGAUAUCGCUCACUGCAGCCAACAAGUGAACAGAGUAACACCAAACCCAUCAAGGAUGGAGGCGCGCUGCUCCAUGAGUAAAAGGGGAAAAAGCACGAGUUAGUCUACGUUCAGACUGCAGGUCAGUUCUGAUGUUUUAACCAUCUGUGACUCAUAUCUGAUGUUUUCAUCUAAGUGUGAACAGGUCAGUUCUGAUUGGUUCUGAUCCGACCCAGGCCUCUUCUGUAUGUGGAUAUAAAUCAGAUAUGUAUCUGAUGUGACUGCAGUGUGGACGCUCAGGUCGCGUUCAUCCGACCUUUACGUCAUCAAUAUGAGACAAACGUCACCAUUGUUCAACACAAACAGGCCAACAAGUCUUCCAAUCCAGUACUAUCUAACAGGUCGCUUUUUUCAUGCACUGAAAUACGACCCAGUGGAGCGUUUACUAACGAGUACCUCCGCCAAUCAACAGACGUAUCACACGGGCCUUUUGUAAGACUCAUGGAGAAAUAUAAAUGAUAAAUACGACUCUUACUGAUCACCAACUUCAGUUUUACUCUGCUGCAGCUCUGUCCCCGUGUUCAGGGUCCAGCUCUGAGGACCUGUUGAGUCUCGCUCCGAUGACAGCCGACAGGUGACCCACCAAGAGCCUCAGGUCAUCAGAUCCUCACUAUUAUGUCCUACUGCACACAUGCUGGAGGUAUGACAAUCUUCUUAAGUGGAUCAUAAAGAGGAUGCUCCUGGUUCUGGUCCUGGUCCCCUGCUGCUGCCCCCACAGGAGAGAGGACCAGAAUAGACCGGAAUGAGUUCAGCUCUCCGUCUGAAUCUGGAGCAGGAGGAAGACGUGUGUCCCUGUUCCUGAGAGGAAGCAGGGGUGUCUUUAUCCUGUAUUUAUAUGACGAUGAUGAUGAUGAUGAUGAUGAUGAGGCGGCGGCAGCUGUGGGAUUAUGGGGGAUUAUUAAACGUACACAGACUGGCUGAUGUAGAAGAUCUCAGGAACAAAGCUCAGGUCUCAGAUCGAACGUCAUGUUGUUGGUCUGCACAGAUGGUACUGAGCAAACAUACAGACGUGUGUGUGUGUGUGUGUGUGUGUGUGUGUGUGGUUGUGUGUGUGUGCGUGUCUGAAGACGUGCUGAUGGAAGUCUUUACUGUUCGUGUGUUUCUGCUGAGCUGGCGCAGGACAAUGUCGCCAUGAUGCAACAGGCAGCUAAUCCUCUCCUUAUGUAAACGCUUGACUGCGAUUCAAACCACAUGUAGACGAGAUCUUAGAGAGCUUAGAUGGUCUGUGAGGACACGCUGCAGAGAAACCCUCCCUGAGGUUAGACUGAGUCUUCACAGACUCAUACCUGAACCAGGUGAGAGACGGAGUUUCUCUAGUUAUACCAACUGUAGUAACGACCGCAGGAUAGAAAUACACAGCGGUCUGAGGAGCCAUAAACAAACCUCAACCAAAACGCCACUCUAUAGCCACAAAUAAUGCUCAGAACAGCACCUAACUUCAUCAACAGGACAUAUAGGGUCACAGACAUAGUACUAUAUUCAGAGUUGUUCUAACUCCUAAGAAAACAUAAACUUAAGCGGGGGCGUUUCUCCACCUCUGUAGUCUAUAAGCUGGGCCAAUAAACUUCUACUGUAGUAAAAUGAAAAGGUAAAGGUGUUUUUAUUAAACCGAUUUAUCAAUAAAAUGAUGAUUUUGUUAACAGGUAUGGAUUUAUUUGCUGUCGAGUUAAUAUAUUUGAACUAGAGCACAGUAAAGUUAAAUUAGCUAAUUUUCCAAUGAGAUUCUGUUACUAAAUGGAACUACACCAUGAUCUACUGAGGUUAGUGCAUAAAGGGUCCCCGCCAUAGUACUAGACACCAAACAUCUUUUUAACUUUGACUCAUUUCUUUAGCAAAGAGACUAAACACAACUCACCUACUCUCUUCCAGCAGACGCUUGUUUGUAGAGAGACCUCAUGCCAGUCUAUUACGGACUACAGCGGGGUGACGCAGCUCAAGGAAGAACAUUUAUGAUCAUUUCUUCAUGGAAAUACAAUCAGACCGAGACGCUAAGGCAGAAGAACUACCGCGUCUGUAAAAUUAUAAACAUGAUGAUUAUUACUUCAAGGAAAUGAUAAAGAAAUACUAUGACACAUACAACAUAUCGAGGUGGUUAGAGGGAACACCAGCUGAGAGGACAAAAAGAGAAAACACACCUGGGAGGGAGAUGAGAUCUAUACCUGAUCAAAUAUCGGUGUUUUAUGUUAAUGUUGUUUUAAGAUGACAUGCUCUGUGACCCGGUUAACCCUUUCCUCUGUUUUUUUUUCUGCAGAUUCUCGUUUAUUCCAUCUCCACUCCGUCUAUCUGGGUCACUGGCAGCAGAACUGAAGGAGGGACUAUGAAGACCAGCUGUGCCCCCUCACACUCAUGUCCUCUGAGAUAUGAGAUGACACGGCUCCCCUGCUGAUCACCACCAUGACCAUAACGCUGUGAAGUCCCUUCUUCAGCACCCAACCCAGACCCCGAUCCUCUUUGGAAAUCCUUCCUCUCUCCUGCUCACACGUCCUCUGAUCCCGCCUGUCCCCUCAAUAAUUACCCCCCUCCCUUCUUUAUCUGAACCAGCAUCAUGCAGGGUGCUUCUGCUUCUUCUUCCACCCUCUUCCUCCUCCUUCUUCCCUCCCUCCUCCUCCUCUCACACUUCCCCAAUAUGGCCAGUGGGGACUGCUGGUUGAUUGAAGGGGACAAGGGCUACGUGUGGUUGGCGAUCUGCAGUCAGAACCAGCCCCCGUACGAGACCAUCCCCCAGCACAUCAACAACACGGUCCAUGACCUGAGACUGAAUGAGAAUAAGCUGAAAGCGGUUCUGUUCAGCUCCAUGUACCGCUUCACCAACCUGACCGACCUCAACCUGACCAAGAACGAGAUCAGCUACAUCGAGGACGGCGCCUUCGCAGGACAGGCCAACCUACAGGUAGACCCAGAUACGUGCUGAGAAUAUAUCGAUUAUUGAUUAUUAUUGAUUAUUGAUGAUUGAUUAUUAUUAUUAUUAUUAUUGUAGACUAUCUAGUAUUGAUAAUUAAUAUAUCAUAUCAAUAUUAUUAUAUUACAUCAAUAUAAUUAUGAUAUUAAUAUUACAGAAUAUAUCUAUUAUUGGUUGUAGAAAUAACAGAAUAAUUAAAAAAAUACUACUAUGAAUUAAAUAAUAUAUUUUUAUCAUUUUUAUUAUUAUUAUUAUAAUUAUUAUUAUUGUCAUUAUUAUUGUUAUUUUAAACUGUAUCUAUUAUUGAAAAUUUUAUUAUAUUAUUAGAUUUAUUAUUAUUAUAGACUGUAUCUAAUAUUGAUGAUUAUAUUUUAUCAAUAUUAUUAUAUUAUAGACUGUAUUAAUGAUUGAUUAUUCUAUUACACCAAUAUAAAUGUGUUAUUAAUAUUACAGACUUUAUCCAUUAUUGGUUGAUAAUAAUAAUAACAACAAUAAUAACAAUAAUAAUAAUAAUUAUUAUUAUUAGUAUUAUUAUUAUUUUAGACUAUAUCUAUUAUUGUGUCAAACCCAUGAAACUCAUGAAAUAUCCUAGUUCACCACUUCACUGAUGACUCCUCUCAUGAGGCCGAAGCUGUGUAAAAAGUAACACCCAAACUUUGUACCAGUGGAAAAGCAGCUAAAAUACAGAGUUUAAGGCAGUGAGAGAAUUGAGCUGAAAUCAGGGUUUUCAAGGACACCAGUAAAAAAUAAAUAAGCCGUCCUCUGUCUGUCCCAGUAAAGUAGGUCUAUUAUAUUAUAGGUCUAUGAUAAAACAAAGGAAACUGUUCUAACUCCGUUUGUGUUGCCCUCAGGUUCUUCAGCUGGGCUACAACAAGCUGACAAACCUAACUGAGGGGAUGAUGAGAGGACUCGGCCGUAUGCAGUGUCUCUUCCUCCAGCACAACCUUAUAGAGGUUAUUGCCAGCAAUGCAUUCUGGGAGUGCCCCAGCCUCAGCAGCAUUGACCUGUCAUCCAACAAACUCGUCCGCAUCGAUCCGACCACGUUCACAGUUCUCAACCGGCUGAUGGUGUGUGAACUGGCGGCAAACCCGUUCCACUGCGGCUGCGACCUUUACAGCUUCCUGGUCUGGUUAGAGUCCUUCAACAACGUCACACACACCUACGACCGGCUCCAGUGUGAAACCCCUCGGGAGAUGACCGGUUACCCGUUACUUACAGCUACUGGUCAUUCUGGGCGAAAUGCAAAAAACAUUUUGUUCCAUCACUGCCGAGACGGAGUCAUGAUUCCAGGGAUGACUUCUCUCCCACCAGAUCUCGAUGGUCCUUCUGGGAUUGGGCCAGACAUAUUUGGUGGUGUGGGGCCGUACCACCAGGCCACCACCUCCUCCUCGUCCACUGAAAACACCUACAUCCCCAGCAUCAAGCUCCAUCAUGUCUCUUUGUCAUCGGCCUCGCUGCUGGUGCAGAUCCCUCGGCCCUACAGUAAAAUGUAUAUUCUGACCCAGUACAACUACACGUAUGUGUCUGACGUCAUGAAUCUGAAGAACAAGAAGGAGAUGAUCACUCUCAACAAGCUCAAGCCACACACCAACUACACCUUCUGUGUUGCAUCAAUCCGCAACUCCCAACGGUACAACCACACCUGCCUGACCUUUGCCACUCGGGCCCAGAAUCAAGAUGACGCACUCCCCACAUCGUCCACAACCACUCACUACAUCAUGACCAUUGUCGGCUGCCUGUUUGGCAUGCUCAUCGUUUUAGGCUUUGUCUACUAUUGUCUACGAAAGAAGCGGAUGCAUGAUGAGAAGAAGAAGUCCAUAUGUGUCAAGAAGACUAUUCUGGAAAUGCGCUACGGACCAGAGGUGGCCGCAGCAGUGGCAAAUGACCCAGCAGCAGUUCACAAGCUUCAGGAGCAGUCCAGAGAACACCAUCAGUAUCAGCACCACCAUGGAGGCAAACUCCCCAUGUCCACAUCCACCAGCUCGGGGAUGCUUCACUCAGCAAACACCAGUUCCUCCAGACUGUCAACCAUCCCACAGGUGGAGAAGAUGGCCACGGCCUUUUCAGAGGCCAUGGCCACGACCAAAGGGAAUUACAUGGAUAUCAGGACUGGAGGAGCAGGGAUGGAGAGGAUGGGGGAUGGUGGGCAUAUGGGGAUGAGGGGGGUGGAUUUGAGGGAUGAUAAUGGCAGUGAUCUUGGGGACGACUCAGAUGAUGAUGGACACGGCUCUGCUUCAGAGAUUUCCACCAUCGCCAUGGAGGUGGACAAGGUAAACCAGAUCAUCAACAACUGCAUAGAUGCUCUAAAACUGGACGCAGCAGCAGUUGCUGCUUCAGGGGCCUCUAAUAACCCAACAGCCUCAUCCAACCCCACCUCCCCUCCCCCCACCAGCACGUCCUCCCUCACUCGUGGCCUAAUCCCACUGUCCCAAGGGUUGACGGACACGUGCCAGGGCAUUACUCCAAACAAAAUACCCCCUCCACCUCCGCUCCCUGCCUUGAACGCCCCUCUAUCUGAGCGCCCAGGGAUCACUGGGGGUGGCUACGUUGUCACUCCCCCGUACCGGCCCCCUCCACCAGCCAAUGCUGUUCGUCCUAUUCAGAGGCAAAUGAGCGCAGAUGCUGCAGUGGUUAUCGUAAAUGCGGUGAAAAAACAAUGCAGCACCUCCUCUUGCAGCUCCAUGGGUAGGGACAGGGAGCGUGGAGGAGCAAGGGUGUACAGCCUGGAUGUCCCCGAGCCGAGGAGCCCAGAUGGCUGUAAUCAGCAGCAGCAGCAGUAUCCAGACCGUGCCAGUCCCGUGGGCUGUGGGGAGCCCCUCGAGAGACUGCCUUUGGUUGGGAGUGGGAGCUGUGGUGGAGGGGGUGGUGGUUGCGACAGUGGUGGUGUUGGUGCCCAGCAUCAGGACAACCAGAAGGCCCAUCAUUACCAUCAACAACAACAAAUGCAACAGCAGCAGCAGCAACAGCUCGAUGUGCAGCAGGACUACCACUGCUCGGAGCACCGCCACUCUGUCCCAGCUCUCUACUAUGAAGGCUCCCACCAGGGCUCCCCAGCCCAGAGGGUUUCCUUUCUGAAGCCCCUGACACGCUCCCGCAGGGAUGCAGCAUCGUACUCCCAGCUUUCGCCAGCUCGUCACCAUUCCGGUUACUCGGGUUACUCCUCCAGCCCGGAGUACUCCUCGGAGAGCACUCUGCGGAUCUGGGAGCGAUUUCGUCCCUACAGAAAAGGCCAGCGGGAUGAGUCCUGCUACGUGACGGCUGGAAACGCCCUCAGAAAAAAGGUGCAGUUUGCUAAAGGAGAGGACCUGCAUGACAUCCUUGAUUACUGGAAGGGUGUGUCGGCACAGCAAAAGCUGUGACUAAGAGACUAAAGCAAAGCAGAGAGGGAAACCAGUCUGGAUACUCCUCUUCUGAUCGGCCUGCAGGCAGAAGAAGAACAGAGAAGGAAAUGUCGGACAACAUUUUGCCUUUGGAUGAUUUUUGGCAUGCUAGGUGUAUAGAUUAUUGUGCUGGGAGCAGGGACUGUGAAACGGUGUCUGGGAUACAUGAGAGUCAUCAUGGUGUUUAUUUUACGCGUCACUGUAGCACCAUCUCUGGAUAAUAUCCAUUUGGUGAUUGUUGGUUUGAUUUGAGCACAGGAAGUGAGUGCCAGCUGAGUGAUCAUAGUCGUGAUCAUCUGGACCGUCUUUACCAGUGCCAUGUUUUCAUCCGUGGGGAACCACAGAGGCUAGACCUGAUUUUAGGCUGCUGUGGUCGGAGUCCUCACAGCCCAGUUUGUAUUGGAUGCUGUUUUAUUUGACAGUGUCCAUUUGAGUAUGUAAUGACCGUGACUGAAUGGUGAUGCUGUUCAGUUACUAGCGACAACAUGUCAGUGGUGUAGUCUUGUUCUCGCCCUGUUCCCCUUUCAUGAGAUCCUUUCAGUCCAGCAGGUUAGACUGUCCUGCAGCAGGAGGACACCAUGAAAGUAGAAGGAAACCUUAUCCUGCAAACACACACACACUCAGGCAUUCAUUCCUGAACCACAUCAGCAUUAGUCUAAACAACGACCUGAACUUUGAGUGUAUUCAGGGGGAGAACGACACACAAACAUCAUGAAGGAGAGGGAGGAGAAAUAAGAGGCUGUUGAAUAUCAGUGAAUCAUGUGUCAGUUACAGGAUCUGUUUGCAUCUCUCAGUCUGUCCAUCAGUCCUAACCCCGUCUCCGACAUAACAAACCAGAGGACACACCUUCUCUCUGCUCUCUGGAUUACUGUUGUCCAUCGAUAACAUCGCUGAUGGUAGUGACAGGCAUGCUCCCCUUCGCUCUCCGCCUCAUGGUUCUGUGUGUUGCUGUGUGGUGAACCGUGGUCAGUGGCUGUCGGCAUGCCGUGUCAGAUGACGUUGUUCUGUGCCCAAACUGACUCCAGGAUGUCUGAGUCUAAUCAAUACUAGAUAAUAAUAAUAAUAAUAACGGCAUGAUUAUUGUUCAGAUAUAAACUUUGUACUUUCCCAGACAUAAGUCACAUGACUGACGCUCACACAGCCAUGAUGUUAUCUCCAAUCAUGUUUCGUGUUUCCCAUCAAUUCGGCCUUUUAGGAGAGUUUACGAACUCUGACAGCUGACAUCUUUCCCUCCCAGAGCGCUGCUUUAUCGCUGAGUCGUCACAUUACCAGCUAACACACACGAUCUGAGACACGGCGUCCUAAAAACUGAACCGGCUCUCCACAGUUUGUUCAGAGACCCCGUUAAAAUGGCAGCUUUGAUUUCAGCAGACAUUUUUAUCUCUGUUUGGCUCACCUCCCACCUUCAGCGCUCUAAUGGGACACUGCUUUGGCAUUUGAGUCCUGAACUCCCCGUUUUAUUCAAUCAGAAAAGUCAUAAAUCGCCUUUUUGCAGAGAGAGCUUAAGUCUCAGCAGCACACACAAUCACCGCUUUCCUCCUUUUAGUUCACUCCUCUGAGCAGAUGCAGGAAAUGUGAGCGGACGACAGUUUCUCCUUAUCGGUCGAAACUUCAGUUAACCCUUUUCCACCAAAGUCAACCUGCUGCUGGUUCUGGUUCUGGUUUGGAGUUAGAGGACCUUAAAAAACCCUCAAAGUACAGUCUGAAUGCAGCAGCUGGUCCCUGACCUUGUCUUCAGAGAAACCCGUGACGUGGUCUUCUCUGGGAAUCAGGACUGACCAGUUAUUCUGGAUUCUUGUUGAUCUGAUUCCUCCAAAUUUUCAAUUUCUGGGAAUUUUCUGCCUAAAAGUCGACCUCGCUGCUCAGGCGUUCAGAUCUUGACGGCUCAGCUGAUCGCAGAUAUCCCCUCUGAAAUCAAAGAUGGCGGCCUCAGAAAGUUCUCUUUGAUCACCAUGGGACCACCAAAGUCCUCAUGUUAACGGCUCCACCUUGUCUAGCAGAGGGAACUUGGUUCUCCUCUGAGGUACAGUAGAGUCAUGGGGGGUUCAGACACAAAGGUUCCCCUGAUCCAAACCAGCCCAAGAACAGACUUUGUGGAAAAGGGGUCUCAUCGGUUUUUCAUCAAGUAUCCAUCUCUGAAUCGUCCCCCUUAUUUGAGAGCUCAGAGUCAGGGUCAAAGGUCUGACUCCCAGACCUCCUGCUGACCUCGGGUAACAGAGGAGACACGAUGAAGAUGAUCAGUCCUUCAGCUGAUCUGCUUCAUAAAACCUGAUGAUUGGUCUGUAUGUGGAUGAUGCUUCAGGUCCACACAGAUCCUGUUCAGAUCUACAUGUUCAGAUGUUCUUCUAAAUGCUCUUCUGCAGACGUGGAUCGAGUCGGAGUCAAUCUCCACAAUAACAAAGCUUCUCAGAAAAUAGUGCCAAUCUUCCUGAUGGUUUGAAGUGGAGGAACAAGAGGAACAUGAUGUUAGUCAUCAGAAAUAAUGACCUGAGAGUCAAAAUGCAAAUUUAGACUUUUCACUCAGAGUUCAGAAUAAAAGCUUUCUGACAUGAGAGCUGCUGAAACUGACAACAGGAGACGAGAUCCUGCAAAUAUGAUCCGUCAGAAACCUCUAAAAAGUGAGGCUUAAAAAAAACCAGCAUCACAGUGAAAACCCUGUCCCUGUCCCCGGUCUCUGCCCAUCCCGGUCUCUGGGAUAUCAAUGCUCCUUUGAGUCGCUCCGUCCUUGUUGUUUGUCUCGGCGCUGCAGGAAAGCCGAACGUGAGAAAGCCGUCUAAUGUGCGAUUAAUGUUUAAUCCUUCAGCCAGAGGCGGGCCUGGGUCACUUCUCUCUAUCUCUGACAUUUCACUUCCUCCCAUGUUAAUCCGCUCCCAUGUGUUUAAGCCCGGUCCAAUUAAACUACAGUCUAGUUUCCUAAAUAAUGAAUGGAAGCCCAAAAUAGGAUGUGGGUUUAUGUCUAAUCAGCUUCAAAUGACUAACAGAGUUAAACGCUUCCAUUAGCAAAGACCAGAGUCUUCCCAUGACACCGCGCUCUUCAGAAAACACGUGCCUGUCCUGGAAGAACCUUCAGCUGCAGACGAGAGACGAACCGUCAUCAUCAUCUCUGUUUAGGUGGACUGAUCCGUCCCAAACACAGACCAGAACCAGAACCAGACUGUUUAGGGGGGUCCGUUUAAACCUUUGCACGCUCAGAAACACUCGGACAGUCUGCAGACCCCCUCAGCUUCACAGAUACUGAAGAUGAUCUGCCCCAGAACUCAGGUUAUGAUCACACAGGAUAGUAUUUGACAGGAAACCAUGACCCCCAAUUUCCACCUCCAUCCUGAUCGUCUCCUAAAAGGUCGUAUCCUCCGAUCGUAGCUGAUCGUAACCAUUCAAGUUAACGUGUCAAUUUACACCGACUUCUUUCCGUUCCUCAGCUGAUCACAAGAGUUUCCUUAGAAGUCAGAUGUCAGAGCUGAACGUGUCGUCACACCUGAGUUCUCUCGAUUACUGCUGACCGCAAUCCGCCACAAAAUUCGCAUCACAAACGGAUCCGGUAGGAAUUGGUGGACGGCAAAAAUCGCAGCCGUUCCAGAUGUGGUGGAAAUUCGGGGUGAUAUUAAGAAGUGGACAGAACCAGAUAACAGAGAGCGGUGUAAAUAAAUGAGUCAUCACAUGACCAAUAAUGCGCCCGGCUCAUCCAAACCAUCAGAGAGAAGAAGAAGUUCAGGUUUUAAUCAUGUGUCCUUUUCAGUGAUUUUAUAACAUCCUUCUCCGUCACCUCCUGACCACACGCAGGAGAAGAAAGUGUGAGUCAGGACGAGUGAGUCAGCGUCUGACUCAGCUAAACAGACUCUGGUUCUGAACGCAGGUAAUGGGUUAUGGGGGACAUCUAAAGGACGAGGGGACCAGACGACGUGAAACCGUCUCAUGAAUCCGAUGAUCUGAGCGAACACUCGGCGCCGUCAGCUUCAGUCAGCCUGUAGCUCCGCGGCGCUCUGACUCAGGUGACGGCGGUGACAGGCAGGUAUUAGCUCUGUGAGUGGGCUGUGAUUCAUUCAUCGGCUGUCUUUCGACCUUUUGUUUAAUCGUCUCUUAAGUCCAUUAGCCGAGUGUGUGGGAGAUUAGCCCGCGUGGAUAAUGUGCCAAAUUUGAUAAAUGGAGAACUAAAGUGGGUCUCCCUCUGUGAUAAGAAUGAUCUGCAUGUCCUUUUUAUACUUCUUUAAUUGUAUUUACCUCAGCCAUGAAAAAGGAAGUCGUCAGCGGGAAGUGACACGGCCAGAAGGAUUUCGUGGUCACUCCUCAUACUUUAUGAAGCAGCUGUGACAGCCAAGCACUGCCAACGCUGUCUGCUCAACUGCCAACCGCUCACCAUGAAAACCAAUGAACCCGUGUGUGUUAACGCUGAGCUGAGAGUUAGUCCAGACGGGCCAGAGCUCAGCUGAUUUGGUUCCCGCCCACUCCUCCUCCUCCUCCUCCUCCUCCUCAUGACGUCUCUGGUAUCGUAGGGACCGUCUCUGAGACCUGACCCCGAGGUCUUUGCCGAUCUUCUCCCUGUCUCUGCUCUUCACGUAAGCACACGAGGGGAGGUGUGAUCUUCAUGUAUCUUCACCUCCAUCCGAGCAGGUGAAGCAGAUACGGUAACGCCCUCAAACCCUCGCCGCUCCUUCAGUGGGAGGAGUUUUCUCUUUCUUAAAGCGACAGUCACACAAAGGUUUCUGAUUUCUUUUGUAAAUAACGAGCAGAAGAGCGUUUGGAAAUCCUGGCCGUGGGUCUCUCUCUCUCUCCUGAUUGGAUGCCGUUUCCAUGGUAACAGUUUUUUGUACACGUUAUGCAUUAACUCUGAGAGGUUUUGGUUCCCAAAGACGGACAAAAGACUUGGAGGAUCUGUGAAAUAUAUAUCUGUGAAUUUUGUACACUAGAUGAAAAAAAAAAAACUUGCUUCUCUGGAUGUUUUAUACUCGGCCUGAUCUCUUGAUAUGUUUGUGUGUUUCUCUACUUUGAGUUUGUCUGUUUCUUUUGUUUGGGCUUUUAUUUUGGCGGGGUGGGAGGGAGGGGUGGGUUUCUAAUACUUGCAAUGAUAUAUGUUAUAAAGGUUUAAGAAGAGAGAAAGUUUAACAUAGUGUACUACAUAAAGAAAAGUGGUUAUAUUUGCAUGAUUCCCUGUAUUUUUUGAGAGACUCAAAUAUAUUGUUGUGUACAUGAGUGGACGUCAAACGGAAAACGAACUCUGUCGGGGCUGAAACACCGUUCUGUCCCGUAUCUUUGGUUUGAGCGUUCAGGUUUGACUCUGUGACUCUGUUUUCUUAAUGAUCUUGAGUUUUUAUUUUGGUCUCAUGCUGCCUUUCCUUCGCCGCCCUUGUUGCUGAUCUUUAACCACGAGCAGGUAAAACGGGGGGGGUGGGUGUUUACAUCUCUCAGCUCCAUCCUCCUCUGAUGAUCUCCCUCACACACACACUGUCACAGCAGGAGGUCCUACUGUCUCUGACUCCACAUCUCCAGUUAAAGACGUCACCAUGAGAGAGCAGGACUGUCCUGAUCCAUCAGUCUGAAGUUAGCGGUAAAUCUCGGCGGCGUCCUCACGCUCGCUGUGAGUUUAAUCAGAUAUUCUCAUUCCUCGUCCUCGGCUCUGAGCGCCCGCUGCUCCUCUCGACCACGAGUUCCUGUAAUCAGCUGUCCUUCCAGUCAGCUGUAAAUCAGUCUAAUGACACAGGUCCUUUAAUAUUCACUAACGCUGUAGCUGUGCACCAAUCAGCAUCGUGGUUUCCUUGAAUAAAGAUCGGAUCACAGCACUGAAGUGGACACUCAAACGAACAUGAGAUAAUUAUGAUGAAAUAGAUGAAUAUUUAUAGUCGGGGAUCAUCGGAUUAUCAUCAGUGUGGAGAUUCAAAUGAAUGCAUGUGAGCACAGAGAGAAACAAAUUAGCUGUAAUUGGUUCCACUGGACGGAGCCGAGCUCCAAAUGAGGUCCAGGAUGGAGAGCUUCUCGUUCGGCUCCAACAACAAACAACGUGUGAGCAACACCGACCGCAGCUGCAGACACACAACUGUGCUGACUGCGUUAGUGUGUGAGUGUGUGAGUGUGUGAGUGUAGGCAGGACUGACACCGAGACGUCACACUCAGAGCGUUUACAGUCACAGUUUCAUCGUACUAAGUUCAUAAUUCGUUUUUUUUUUCGCUGAAUCGGACGUCCAAUCGUAUUAUCUGGGUGUUUUAAUCAGAGUUCUCAAACUCCGAUUAUAGUCGGACUAAAGUGUUUAUAUGACCUUCAGUUGUCCGGUCUAAAGGUUCUUCCACAACGGGGCUGUUUAUUUCGUGCGAUUAUUUCAAUAUCUUUUUCGAACCCGUAUCCUGUCAAUACAAGCGUUCACAUCAGCAAAGUUUCGCCGUCCUGCGAUAUUGCGGCAUUUAUUUUUUCGGAUCACGCUCGAUUUUUCCAAAGUUUCACGUAAUGUGUGUAAGUUUGCAAAAUCACAUCAGACUUGAUGUUUAUCGUCAGGCGCAUCAAAAUUCGCCUCAGAAUAUUUCGUUAUUUCACGUUGUAUAUUUGCGUCGGUCCCGUCGGUGUGUAACCGACGCAAAGGUGUUAAUUCAAUUUUCUCGAGUGUCAUGGAAGCGGACUGACUGAGACGUCAAACGGCCUCUCCUAGAGCCGCCGCUGCAGAUGACACCAGAACAUCGACGAAUCAUCUGAGAGCUUCAGCAGCUUCAUUAAAACGUCUCUGUCUCCUGAGGAUGUCCCACUCCUGCUGUCAGAUCAGGAUGCUGUGAUUGGACGAUAUCAGGAACAGAUUUCAGCAGCAGAACACUGAUAACACACGAGCACGCUGCCGAGUCCAGAGGGACCCGCAGAGUCAGGGACAGAGAGGAACCUUUAGACCGGGGGGUUUAUCAGAGAGGACGCUGACGCUGAUGGAGUUCCUUUAUAACCAAACUUAAACCUGAUUAUCGAACCCUGCUCUCAUAACUUCAUCAAACCCAGAAUAAUCCACGACUCUGAGCUCAGACUGCACGGUCUCAGAUUUACCGGUGUCCUCAGACAGGUCCAGUUCUGUCCCACCUUUACCAGUCAGACCCACAUGAGGUUCACACUGAGCUGAGAUCCUGCACUCUGACCUCUUUAGACUCUGAUAUUCUGUCUUAAUUUGAGCAGCACACACACACACACACACACACACACACACACACACACACACACACACACACAUCUAUGUUUCUGUUUUGGUUUUCGAUCCAGCCCUGACCGAAGCUCUCAGUUUGUAAAGUUUUAUACCAUGACGACCAUCAGAGAAUAACCCGGAGCGCUGACCGCCAUCGCUCCAGACGAAGAGUUUAACGGGAAUAUUUCAGAGUUUAGUUUUUCUCAGCAUGGGUAAAAAAAAAAAUCUGUUUUAUUUUCACUGACAGAAGAAAAAAGGUUUUAGUGACGUCUAACUGAGUCCUUUCAUUUUAAAGUCCAUCAGUCACUCGUCCUUAACUCUGGGGGGACUCUGUCCUCGGGGGUCUUCAGCUCAGAGACCAGACGGGACGGAGGAAACUCAAGUUUGGUUGGUGGGAACAACUCUUGGCUUUUUUCUUUCUUGGACUCUUUGUUGCUGAUAUUAACAUUUUUCCCUUUGCAAUUUCUGUACAAAAGAUCGAUUUCUAUAUUUGCAAUAAAUUUGUAAUUAAAAACGAAACAUCUA